GGCUUUGGGGAAGGGGUUGUCCGUCUGCCGGAGAGAAGGACCCUCCUGGCUUACGUUCACGUAUCCUGUUUGAACGGGGAAUCAUCUGAGGGACUUCCUGUGAAAAUCUGCGUCAGGAAUGCGGUUCCUACAAUGGAGGCAUGUGCAACAUGGCUAUACUAUGGAACUGUAGUAGGCUCCAAUUUGGACUUUAUGAACAUAUGUGGAACAGAAACUAGCAGACACUUGGUCUUUAUGAAUGAACUGAUUUAUUGGGACUUCCGUCUAUAUUAUUGCACUUUAUGUGUUGUUUAUGUGCAAGAUAAACAUUUGAUGUUGUGAUAAGAAUAUAUAGAAGAGUAUUGUUUAUGUGAAUGAACAGCCGGUUACGUCUUGUGUGUUUGUCCAUUCCAGGAACAGCAUUCCUGACCCAGAUGUUCACAGGAAGUCCCUAAGAUGAUUCCCUAAGAAUAUAUAGAAGAGUAUUGUUUAUGUGAAUCCACAGCCGGUUACGUCUUGUGUUUGUCGAAUGUAUUUCAUGUAAUAACAAGAUGCUGUUUUGCAAAUUCCUAGAAUGGAGGCAUGUGCAACAGGUCAAUCGCGAUCUACUGGUCGAUCCACAACUCUGGUCAAUGCUCCCUGAGAAAAGCUCAACAACUCUGGCCAAAGACAAUGGGUAGAUGACUGGCAGGUUUUUAUUACUGGGAGUAGAUCUCAGCAUCUUGGAAGUUGGACGUCCCUGCUACAAUGCAUAGGUAAAGGUAAAGGGACCCCUGACCAUUAGGUCCAGUCCUGGACGACUCUGGGGUUGCGGCACUCAUCUCGCUUUAUUGGCCGAGGGAGCCGGCGUACAGCUUCCGGGUCAUGUUGCCAGCAUGACUAAGCCGCUUCUGGCGAACCAGAGCAGCGCACGGAAACGGAAGGCGAAGGGGUAGAUUUAAGAGACCAAAUUCCCAAGGGCAUAAAACCUUUUCAGUCAGUUUAAAAUCCACUUUCCCAGUUUGAUGUCCUAAGACAUAUACCUCAUUCAGCCCACAUUUUACCAGCUUCCUCACAUAAAUCUCACAGAGGACUCUGUUAAAAGCCUUACUGAAAUCGAGGUGCACUAUUUCCACAGCAGUUCCCUGAUCAACAAAGUUUGUAACUCCAUCCGAAAAAAGAAAAGAAGAAAAGGAGAGAUUUCUCUGGCUUGACUUGUUUUUGAGAAAGCCAUGCUUUCAUCCUGCAUGUUGUAAAAUCUUCAGAUGAAGGGCAAAUAAAUUUAAAAAAGAAUAAAUGAGGAUAUUGACAUGUGCAAAGCAAGGCGAUUUAUGUCUUCAUUUAAUUUGGAAACCACCCGACCCAGUGGUGCCGACUUGAAUAAAAUAUUGGUGGAGGGCCAGGUAAGGCCCGCCUUGCGCUAUCAAUCACAUGAUGCAUGCACACCAUUUGAAUGGCAAUGCCUAUAAUGGCAGCAACUUUUUAAAAAAGUAAUAUUUUGAGCCCGUAGUUCAAUUUCCCAGCAGCUCCCCUUGCCCCGCAGAACACUUCUAGCAUUCCAUCUCCUCUACCUGUGGCAUUCUUCAGCAGUGGGGAAAGUGACCUCUUCACAACGGAUUUCCAUUUGGUAUGGCCCUUUCCAGAUUUUUCCCUGCCCCUUGUGUUUGUCUUUCAUUUGUUUUCUCAUAUGUGUGUUGCCAGUAGAAGCCACAAUUCUGUGGGUACUCUAGGUGGUGCAGAAAGCACCUAGAACCUCCCUAGAGGUUGAAGUGCCGAUCAAACUUCAGUCUUGUGCUCUAUUAAUUCCAAUUGGCAGUACUGGGGGUGGUUCAGAUUCUGGGGCAGUGCUUUUGGCCAGCAGAGGGUGUCACAAGGCCAGCCUACUUUCCCUUUAAAGCAAACUUGGGUGUCCAGCUGGUUUUGGACUACAACUCCCAUCAUCCCUCGCUAGAACCAAUGGGGAGGGAUGAUGGAAACUGUAGUCCGGGAGCUGCUGGGGACCCAAGUUUGGGAAAGCCUGCUUCAAAGCAACUUUUCCAUCUUGCCCGCAAAGAUGGGACCUGUCCAUGUUUGUAUCUUCUUGUAUUUUGUUUUCCUCAUGACCUUUGUGCGUUUAUUUUUAAGAGGGCAAAUUGAAAGAGAAAUUGUAUGGCAAGUUGCAGAAGAAUAAAAGGUUGUGUUUGAAAAAACACACCAAAAACUGGGGGUGGCAUCCUUAAAUAUUUUAUUGGGGGUGGGGCAAAGACCUCUAGGCCUUUAAGAGUUGGCGCCUAUUCCCUACACCCACAGGUCUCAGGAUGGUUCCAACAUAAAAAAACAAGAAACAAAAAAACAACCACAUAUUAAAAGGGCAUUAGAUGUCAAUCAGCCAAAAGCCUGGUUAAAAAGGUGCGUCUGCCUGGUUCCUAAGGCUGUAUAAUGGUUUUUCCGGCCAUUGUAUGGAUUCUUUGAUGGGAAGUAAGAUUGGCACUGUGACUGAAGCUCUUUCCACAUUCUACACACUGAUAGGGUUUCUCCCUGUAUGAAUUCUUUUAUGGGAAAUGAGAGAGGAACUAUCUGUGAAGCUCUUUCCACAUUCCACACACUGAUAGGGUUUCUCCCCUGUAUGAAUUCUUUGAUGGGAAGUGAGAUGGGAGCUCUGACUGAAGCUCUUUCCACAUUCCAAACACUGAUACGGUUUCUCCCCUGUAUGGAUUCUUUGAUGGGAAGUGAGAUUGGAGCUCUUCCUGAAGCUCUUUCCACAUUCAACGCACUGAUAGGGUUUCUCCCCUGUAUGAAUUGUGUGAUGGGAAGUGAGAGAGGAGCUACAUGUGAAGGUCUUUCCACAUUCCACACACUGAUAGGGUUUUUCCCCUGUAUGAAUUAUUUGAUGGGAAGUGAGAGAGGAGCUAUUUCUGAAGCUUUUUCCACAUUCCAUGCACUGAUAGGGUUUUUCCCCUGUAUGAAUUCUUUGAUGGGAAGUAAGGGAGGAGCUCUUCCUGAAGUUCUUUCCACAUUCCACGCACUGAUAGGGUUUCUCCCCUGUAUGAAUUGUUUGAUGGAAAGUGAGACUGUGGCUGUGAGUGAAGUUCUUUCCACAUUCCACGCACUGAUAGGGUUUCUCCCCUGUAUGAAUUCUUUGAUGGGAAGUGAGAUUGGAGCUCUGACUGAAGCUCUUUCCACAUUCCACACACUGAUAGGGUUUCUCCCCUGUAUGAAUUCUUUGAUGGGAAGUGAGAGAGGAGCUACAUGUGAAGGUCUUUCCACAUUCCACACACUGAUAGGGUUUCUCCAGUGUAUGAAUUCUCUGAUGCUUAGUGAGAUUGGAACUCUUCCUGAAGUUCUUUCCACAUUCCGCGCACUGAUAGGGUUUCUCCCCUGUAUGAAUUCUUUGAUGGAAAGUGAGAGAGGAGCUCUGACUGAAGCUCUUUCCACAUUCCACACACUGAUAGGGUUUCUCCCUGUAUGAAUUCUUUGAUGGAAAGUGAGAGAGGAGCUCUGACUGAAGCUAUAUCCACAUUCCACAAACUGAUAGGGUUUCUCCCUGCAUGAAUUCUUUUAUGGGAAAUGAGAGAGGAACUAUCUGUGAAGCACUUUCCACAUUCCACACACUGAUACGGUUUCUGCCUGUAUGAAUUCUUUGAUGGGAAGUGAGAUGGGAGCUCUGACGGAAGCUCUUUCCACAUUCCAAACACUGAUACGGUUUCUCCCCUGUAUGGAUUCUCUGAUGCUUAGUGAGAUUGGAACUCUUCCUGAAGUUCUUUCCACAUUCUGCGCACUGAUAGGGUUUCUCCCUGUAUGAAUUGUUUGAUGGAAAGUGAGACUGUGGCUGUGAGUGAAGCUCUUUCCACAUUCCACACACUGAUAGGGUUUUUCCCCUGUAUGAAUUCUUUGAUGGGAAGUGAGAUGGGAGCUCUUCCUGAAGCUUUUUCCACAUUCCAUGCACUGAUAGAGUUUCUCCCCUGUAUGAAUUCUUUGAUGGGAAGUGAGAUUGGAGCUCUGACUGAAGCUCUUUCCACAUUCCACACACUGAUAGGGUUUCUCCCCUGUAUGAAUUCUUUGAUGGGAAGUGAGAGAGGAGCUACAUGUGAAGGUCUUUCCACAUUCCACACACUGAUAGGGUUUCUCCAGUGUAUGAAUUCUCUGAUGCUUAGUGAGAUUGGAACUCUUCCUGAAGUUCUUUCCACAUUCCGCGCACUGAUAGGGUUUCUCCCCUGUAUGAAUUGUUUGAUGGAAAGUGAGACUGUGGCUGUGAGUGAAGCUCUUUCCACAUUCCACACACUGAUAGGGUUUUUCCCCUGUAUGAAUUCUUUGAUGGGAAGUGAGAUGGGAGCUCUUCCUGAAGCUUUUUCCACAUUCCACGCACUGAUAGGGUUUCUCCCCUGUAUGAAUUCUUUGAUGGGAAGUGAGAUUGGAGCUCUGACUGAAGCUCUUUCCACAUUCCACACACUGAUAGGGUUUCGUCCCUGUAUGAAUUGUUUGAUGGGAAGUGAGAGAGGAGCUACAUGUGAAGGUCUUUCCACAUUCCACACACUGAUAGGGUUUCUCCAGUGUAUGAAUUCUCUGAUGCUUAGUGAGAUUGGAACUCUUCCUGAAGUUCUUUCCACAUUCCGCGCACUGAUAGGGUUUCUCCCCUGUAUGAAUUCUUUGAUGGAAAGUGAGAGAGGAGCUCUGACUGAAGCUCUUUCCACAUUCCACACACUGAUAGGGUUUCUCCCUUGUAUGAAUUCUUUGAUGGAAAGUGAGAGAGGAGCUCUGACUGAAGCUCUUUCCACAUUCCACACACUGAUAGGGUUUCUCCCCUGCAUGAAUUCUUUUAUGGGAAAUGAGAGAGGAACUAUCUGUGAAGCACUUUCCACAUUCCACACACUGAUAGGGUUUCUCCCCUGUAUGAAUUCUUUGAUGGGAAGUGAGAUGGGAGCUCUGACGGAAGCUCUUUCCACAUUCCAAACACUGAUACGGUUUCUCCCCUGUAUGGAUUCUCUGAUGCUUAGUGAGAUUGGAACUCUUCCUGAAGUUCUUUCCACAUUCCGCGCACUGAUAGGGUUUCUCCCCUGUAUGAAUUGUUUGAUGGAAAGUGAGACUGUGGCUGUGAGUGAAGCUCUUUCCACAUUCCACACACUGAUAGGGUUUUUCCCCUGUAUGAAUUCUUUGAUGGGAAGUGAGAUGGGAGCUCUUCCUGAAGCUUUUUCCACAUUCCAUGCACUGAUAGAGUUUCUUUCCAAUGAGAUUUUGUUGAUGGGAAGUGGAAUGGGAGCUCUGACUGCAGCUUUCUCCACACUCCAAAUUUUUACGUGGCUUCUCCUCCCUGGGGAUUUUAUCGUGGUCACCUUUGCUCUCAAUUUCCAAUUCAUCAGAAUCUGCAAUGGAGACAAAAAGGGAUUAGAGCCUCAGGAACAAAUGGAGAAGAAAUGAAACGAGUUGGGUCUGUGUUCAUUACCUGUGUUGUUUGUCAUUUUACCAACAUAUUUAUUAUUAGAUUCUGAAGAGUUGUUGAAUGUUGUUUUGUCUGAUAUAUAGUAGUGGUCAAAAUUGUGGAAGGUUGAAGCUGACACUGAAGAUGGCCUGGGAAGUUUACACCAGCCCAAUCGUGGUAGAAAAAGGAAUAUUUUGAAGAAGAUUGUUCAAAGAAAAAACUGUAAGUUACUGUUUAUUGUGGGGGUGUUAGGUUCCCAGGUGUUAUAGGGGGCGCUGUUGAAUUCUGUGAAAAUAUAUGAGGUUGGUCACAUAGAGGUAUUUUUUAAAUUUCCAGGCACAUAUGACGAUCCCACAGAGAGCCUUACCAAGAGAGGCCAAUAUCCCACAAUUCUCCUCCAUGACGUUCUUAUGCAGAGCUCUCUGGUCAGGAUCCAGCAACGCCCACUCCUCGUCCGUGAAACAAACAGCGACAUCUUCAAAGCACACUGGACCCUAAAAGAAAAAGGGAAAUGUCCUCCUCUGAGACAGCAGAAAUAUGAUCUGCUACACAAUGCUCUGUUGUUUCCUUCCUGAUAAUAAUAAUAAUAAUAAUAAUAAUAAUAAUAAUAAUAAUUUUAUAAUUUAUACCCCGCCCAUCUGGUUGGGUUUCCCCAGCCACUCUGGGCGGCUUACAAAAAACACUAAAAUACAAUAAUCUCUUAAACAUUAAAAGUGUCCCUAAACAGGGCUGCCUUUAGAUGUCUUCUAAAAGUUUGGUAGUUAUUUUUCUCUUUGACAUCUGGUGGGAGGGCGUUCCACAGGUCGGGUGCCACUACUGAGAAGGCCCUCUGCCUGGUUCCCUGUAACUUGGCUUCUGCAGCGAGGGAACCGCCAGAAGGCCCUCAGCACUGGAUCUCAGUGUCUGGGAAGAACGAUGGAGGUGGAGACGCUCCUUCAGGUAUACUGGACCGAGGCCGUUUAGGGCUUUCAAGGUCAGCAGAAACACUUUGAAUUGUGCUCAGAAACGUUCUGGGAGCCAGUGUAGGUCUUUCAAGACCGGUGUUAUAUGGUCUCGGCGGCCGCUCCCAGUCACCAGUCUAGCUGCCGCAUUUUUGAUUAGUUGUAGUUUCCGGGUCACCUUCAAAGGUAGCCCCACAUAGAGCGCAUUGCAGUAGUCCAAGCGAGAGAUAACCAGAGCAUGCACCACUCUGGAGAGACAGUCUGCGGGCAGGGAGGGUCUCAGCCUGCAUACCAGAUGGAGCUGAUAAACAGCUGCCCUGGACACACAAUUGACCUGCGCCUCCAUGGACAGCUGCGAGUCCAGAAUGACUCCCAGGCUGCGCACUUGGUCCUUCAGGGGCACAGUUACCCCAUUCAGGACCAGGGAGUCCCCCACACCACGCCUCCUGUCCCCCCAAAAUAGUACUUCUGUCUUGUCAGGAUUCAACCUCAAUCUGUUAGCCACCAUCCAUCCUCCAACCGCCUCUAGACACUCACACAGAAAUUUCACCGCCUUCACUGGUUCCAAUUUGAAAGAGAGGUAGAGCUGGGUAUCAUCUGCAUACUGAUGAACACCCAGCCCAAACCCCCUGAUGAUCUCUCCCAGCGGCUGCAUGUAGAUGUUGAAAAGCAUGGGGGAGAGGACGGAACCCUGAGGCACCCCACAAGUGGGAGCCCAGGGGUCUGAACACUCAUCCCCCACCACCACUUUUUGGACACGGCCCAGGAGGAAGGAGCGGGACCACUGUAUGACAGUGCCCCCAGCUCCCAGCCCCUCAAGACGGUCCAGAAGGAUGUUAUGGCCGAUGGUAUCAAACGCCGCUGAGAGAUCCAGCAGAACUAGGAAACAGCUCUCACCUUUGUCCCUAGCCCACCGGAGAUCAUCGAACCAGUGCGACCAAGGCAGUUUCAGUCCCAUGAUGAGGCCUGAAUCCCGACUGGAAGGGAUCCAAAUGGUGCACUUCUUCCAGGUGUGCCUGGAGUUGUUCAGCAACCACUUGCUCAAUCACCUUGCCCAAGAAUGGAAGAUUUGAGACUGGGCAAUAGUUAGCCAUAUUAGCCAUAUUGCAAUAGAGGCGGCGAAGAAAGUCUUCUUUGCCGUCACUACCGCCACUUGGUAGGCUCGACAUUGAGCUCUAACCCGUGUCCGGUCAGCUUCAGAAUGAGUUAUCCGUCACCGGCGCUCUAGCCGUCUCAGCGAUUGUUUCAUUGCCCUCAGAUCCGUGGAAAACCACAGGGCUGUCCGGGCUCCAUGCAAUCGAAGAGGGCGCUUCGGAGCCAAACAGUCAAUAGCCCUGGUUAACUCCACAUUCCAGCGGGUCACCAGGGAAUCAGCUGAAAGGCCAUCAACAUGGGAUAAAGCAUCCCCUACCACUCUCUGGAAACCAUUUGGAGCCAUUAAGUGGCGGAGGCGGACCAUCUGAAUCGGUCCCACCUCCAUGCAGAGGGGAAGGGUCGCGGAGAAGUCCAGUUGCACCAGGAAGUGAUCCGACCAUGGCACUGCAACCCCCCCUCCCCGCCCACAAGGCCUGGGUUGCUGUGCGUAAGAGAAACCUGGUGGACAAGCAGCAGCAAGGACAGGCCCAUCUGCUUCAUCCAACCAAGUCUCUGUUACACAUGCCAGGUCAAGUCCUCCAUCCAUGAUCAAGUCAUGGAUGGCAGUGGUUUUAUGAAUCAUUGACCUGGCAUUGCACAGCAGCACCUUCAGGUCAUGUGGGUAUCCCUUGCUGAUUCUAGUAUCCGUCCAGUCAGGACCAGACCUGGAGGCAGGGAUAGUCCUCCAACAACGACUAAACCUGCCUCCUCUGUAAUGACAUGGUCUGGUCUUAGCGUACCUCCUCCUCCUACCCGUGAUCACUGAGAUCGGUUGUCCCAGUGCAUCCCCCCCAUGGAACAUGCCCCAGCUAUUUUGUGGGCUGGGGCCCACUCCUCGGCAGCCCUGACCACCCCCCUUAAGAACAAAAUAAAACCCUUAAAAAAAGAAAGAACCCACAAUAAAACAAUACAAACAAAAAACUGUAAAAAUUACAAACACAUUAAAAUCAAACAAAUUUCCGAACCCAACCAAACAUCCAUCCCACCCCCCACAAAAAAAGUAAUCAAAAGGGAAAAAAGAAAAUUUUAAAAAACAUUUUAAAAAGAACAUUGCGCCGCUCCGAGUCCUCCUGGCCAGCAGGAGCAGCAGCAGCAACAACUGUCCUUAUGAGGCUUCAGGCCCCGCCCUGGGCCAGGUGGUGAGUGGCAGGAGCGGGGCCCUCAGGCACUCACGCAGGGGAGUUGUUUCAACAGGAUUGCUUUGCUGCACAUUUUAUUUAUGGAUGCUUAUUUUAUUCUAAGUUUAAAUUAUGGGUAUUCGUUUUUGUGCAGAUAGGUUGUACUCCACCUUCUGUUAUUCAAGUCAUUCUGCCUAGGCAAGCAUUCCAGUUUCCCCAAUGGAAGGAUCCACUUUCUCCUCUCCUCGUGAGCUGUUCUGGGGAGUUGCCUCCCAAUGCCCUAGAGCCAAAUUCCAGGGGUUCAUGGGGGCAUAGAGAGGGGGAGUAGAGUAGUUUGGAUUUGAUAUCCCGCCUUAUCACUACCCUAAGGAGUCUCAAAGCGGCUAACAUUCUCCUUUCCCUUCCUCCCCCAUAACAAACACUCUGUGAGGUGAGUGGAGCUGUAAGACUUCGGAGAAAUGUGACUAAGCCCAAGGUCACCCAGCAGCUGCAUGUGGAGGACCCGGUUCACCAGAUUAGGAGGAAUAGGAGGCAGGCCCCAUUUUGCAGCCGAUGGGGCUGGUUCGGUGAAUCCAGGCCGCUAUUUGUUCUCAUUUGUCCACUGCUUAGAAAAUAAUUUUUGCAUUCAGUUAUCAAUCUAGAAAUAAAAUAAGCCUGUUUUUGAUGGCCAUCUGUCUUGGAUGAUCUAGCAGAGAUUCCUGCAUUGCAGGGGCUCUCCUGGCUCAGAGAGACAAGCCCAGGGGUGGCUUCUGGCAAAAGGAGAGGGAGCCACCGGUGGCUCCUCCUUCUCCUGACUCACCUCAGCCUCUCGACCUUCCUCUCCCACUUGCCUCCUUCCUCUUCUGCCUCUGAUUCUGCACUGCAUUCUGCCACAGAGUCUCCCAGCUCACUAAGCCCUGUUUCCCCUUCAGCUUCUGACACCUCCUCUUCCCAGACUGCUCCCUCUUCUUCCUCUGACCGCUCAUACUUCCUCCACCUCCACUCCUUCGGCUCUCAGCCGUUUUCCCUUCCUGGUUCCCUGGCUGCUUCCUCCCACCAUUCCUCUGUGCCCAACCAGUCCAUGACAUUGCUCCAUCCCUCGGCCUCUGUCCCCACAAGGCAGCUUCCCCUGACCUGAUCUGGUUCCAGAGCCGCUGCUUCCCUUCUGCCCCCAGGAAAAGGCGGAUCAGGAGGUCUUGCUGGCAUCCUUCUGCCACCUGAAAGAGAGAAAGGUAAGCAGGACGCCAGGAGUGCCGGCUUCUCUCACAGGUGAAACAGGGCAUCUCUAACUACAGAUGGGGCUUUAGAAAUCCAUGCUGCUUGCAUGGAGCCGACUAAAGAAACUUGUUAGUCAGAAGCAACCCAGCAAUAAAGCUCUAUUAACAGAGGCAAUAAUUCAGUCUUGGUUUCCCAUUAUUACAGCUGCAGAACUAAAGACUUGGUUCACUUCAAGUGAAGGUGUUGUAAGGCCGUAAUUAAAGCUAAAGGUUACCAAUGGUUACCAAAGGUUUCACAUUUUUUCUUUAUGACUGCUGUUCUAAUAAAUACUCCUUCAUAAAAGUCAUUGCAUUACUUUCUUCAUUAAAUUAUCUUUCCAUUGCUAUAUAAUUUUAUGGUAUUACUCCACACAAAAGUGGUGUUAUGAGCCACCAAACCUCAGAAAUACACCUUUCAAAAUAGGUUUCCACAAUUUUGGCCACUAGUAGAAGUUGUUCAUUUUAAAGUUAAUGUUCUUAAUAUAUGGGAUCAGAUUAUUACAACAUUAUGUUCGCUGACUGGGAACAGUUAUGGACCACAGGUAUGAAGUUUACGGCAUGUAAUGCCUUAAGAGAGAAUAUUAUGAAAAUGAUAUACAGGUGGUACAUAACCCCAGUUAAGCUUGCAAAAAUCUACCAUUUGCCUGAUAAUAAAUGUUGGAAAUGUAAAGAAACUGAAGGUAAAGAAGCUAAAGAAAGAGGUGGAUUUGCCCUGCCAGACCUUAAACUUUAUUAUGAAUCAGCCGCAUUUUGCUGGCUGAAAGAUUGGCUGCUUCUUGAAAACACGGACAUUUUGGAUUUAGAAGGUUUUAACAAUGUCUUUGCAUGGCAUGCAUACUUAUGGUAUGACAAGGUUAAAGCACAUAAGGCCUUUAAGAACCAUAUUGUCAGGAACGCAUUGUUUAAUUUCUGGGUGAGAUAUAAGGAUCUGUUGGAAAGUAAAACACCAAGGUGGCUGUCACCAAUGGAGGCUAAGGCUCUGAAAAAAACUAAUAUGGAGACAAAUUGGCCAAAAUACUGUGAAAUUUUAGAACAAGAUGGAGAUAGAUUAAAGCUGCAGAGCUUUGAUAAAUUAAAAACUAAAGUUCGAGACUGGCUUCAUUAUUAUCAAAUAAGGGAGGCUUAUAAUUUAGAUAAGAAGAUUGGUUUCCAGGAGGAAAAAUCAAAAUUGGAAACAGAAUUGUUAGAUCCUAAAACUAAGAAUUUGUCAAGAAUGUAUAACUUGCUGUUGAAAUGGAAUACACAGGAUGAAACGGUUAAAUCUGUUAUGAUUAAAUGGGCACAAGAUUUUGGACAUAACAUUAUGUUUGCUGACUGGGAACAGUUAUGGACCACAGGUAUGAAAUUUACGGCUUGUAAUGCCUUAAGAGAGAAUAUUAUGAAAAUGAUAUACAGGUGGUACUUAACCCCAGUCAAGCUAGCAAAAAUCUAUCAUUUGCCAGAUAGUAAAUGUUGGAAAUGUAAAGAGACUGAGGGUACAUUUUUUCACCUUUGGUGGACAUGCCCAAGGAUUAAGGCUUUCUGGGAAAUGAUAUAUAAUGAAUUGAAAAAGGUAUUUAAAUAUACCUUUCUGAAGAAACCAGAGGCCUUUCUCCUGGGCAUAGUCGGCCAAUCGGUGUUAAAAAAGGAUAGAACUUUCUUUAUGUAUGCUACAACAGCAGCAAGAAUACUCAUCGCAAAGUAUUGGAAGACACAAGAGCUACCCACACUGGAGGAAUGGCAGAUGAAAAUGAUGGACUACAUGGAAUUGGCAGAAAUGACUGGCAGAAUGGGCCUUUGAGAAGGACUUACCUACUGAGAGUAUUUGGAGGUUUGUGCCCAUUUCAUAUGUUUGUUUGUGCAGAAAUACAUCUCCCCUCCUCUGGACCCUUGUUCCCAACUGUCUCCCCCAAAACAAGAUGAAAAGAACCCUCAGAUGAGUUGGAAAACCAACAGAAUGAGACCAGUGGAGAAAAACCACCUUCCUCCUUACCCAGUGGCCUCUCUCUGGUGUCCAACGGAGGCCUCUCUGCCUCACAGGAAUCCAGGUCCAUUUCUGCAAAACGGUCCGUUUUCUGAAAGAGCAACAAGGAUUCAAAACAGAGAAUGAAUGGCGAGAAAUGUUAGAAAGAGAAUGACAGAGACAGAAUCUUUAAGGGUGUUAGAUCUCAUUCUAUGGAUGCCUUCCCAGGAAAAGAAUGGGCCAACAGUAGAGCAUUAUGGGAUGUUCUCCAUCCUGUUUGGAGCCCCUUGGGAGUAUCCAGAGCAAAGUCUCUCUCACCUGCUUCCUCUCCUCUGCCUGACUCAGGAGGAAACCUUCGGCCAGGGCCACCGCCUGCGAACUGGUCUCCGCUCCACACUCCCUCACCCAGCUCUCCAUCUCUGGGGGAAGGACAGCCAGGAAAUGCUCCAAGAUCACCAAGUCCAGCAUCUCAGCUUUCGUGUGCCUUUCUGGCUUCAGCCACUGAUGGCCAAGGUGGUAGAGUCGGCUGCAAACCUCUCGCGGUCCUUUGGCCUCCUGGCAGCAGAACUGCCUCAACUGCUGGCUCUGCACCUCUGAGCGGAGGGUGUCCACCUCACCAUGGAUCUUCUGCACAGAGUUUUCCCAGAAUCCCCCACUGCUCCCAGUUUGGCUGGCAUGGCCUCUUCCUGCUUCGGGGCCAGCCGAGUCUUGCUCAUCCAUCUGUGCUCUCAGGAAGCCUCUGAGAGAUCAGAAGGAACCCUUUGGUCUUCUACCAAGUUCUGUCCGUCUAAAUGAGAAGCUCUAGCAAAUCCUACAAAGCAAAUACAUUGUUCUGUUACAGAAUUUGUAGGACGGGGGGGGGGGGGAAUGGUUCCCUGAGCAAGCAUGACUGCACCACAUCCCAGACCAUGAGCUAUCUUUUUGAAAAGGAGGAGGAAGAGGAGAAGAAAUAAGUCUCUAGCCUUCUAGCAAUGCAAAAUGUGGAGGCAACUGAAGGGAUUUCUGCGAGAUUAAUCAACCUGGUUUCUCCAUCCUUCCAGUCAAUUCAUGACAUUGGAACCUACUGACAAACGAGUUGUUUCUAUCUCGUGAUAAAUGGAUGCUUGGCUCUAGUGGGGGUCCUCAGGAGUUGCCCCCCACACCUACACCCACUCCGCUGCUUCCGUCUCCUCUUCUUGCACUUGGACUCUCUGCCACUCUCAGAAUAGACUUCUGGGGCGUGUGCCCUUGUACUUUGCUCUGAGGGCCAGGUAUGUAUCUGGCCAACCCCUGAGGGCCAAGUGGGCAGGGCCAAAGACAUCUCCCUUGAAAUUUAGGAGGGUAAUUUUUUAUUCUUGUAUUAUUAUUAUUAACGCACACACAGCCACUGAUGCCAAGGUCCCUGGAGGCUCAGUGAGUAGCAGCGCUGAUUUCCAGGUGGUUUUCCAGCAACAAUCUCUUUGGGGCAGAGAGAGGAUGUGGUCCUGGGAUGCCCUGCUCUGGGUGCGAGGGGAUUGCUGCAGUGGCUUCUGUGGGGAGCUGCCCUGGGAGACACUGGGAAACUGGACUGCGAUGCAGCAGCCAGACUAGGGGCUGGGAUCCCUCUCUUUAUUCCUGGCCUUUCUCUCCCACCCUUUCUUUUUUGGGGGGGGGGCUAGUCCACCUCCUCGUCCAGCUUUGGAAAACCAUUUGCACAUGUUUCCUCUGUUGUGCAAUGAGGCUGAGCGAUGUCACACAGAGUUAAAGUCCCAGGGACUCCUUUGUUUAAAGGGAGAUUUUUUCUGAAAGGGGGGGGGCGGAGGGCCAAAUGAGUUUGGGAUCCUCUGAUCUGCAGGAAGGAGAGCGUGGCAGACCUGGCCCCUCCCUGGCAGGACCCUCUCCUCCCUGACUUGGGGUCCCCCCCCCCCUGCAGGAGCAGAUCCGGCCCCCCAGGCACCCUCCCCUGCCCCAGCCCUGGGACCCCCACCAGAUCCCAGAGAGAGAGGAGACUCACCAGAUCCCAGGAGGGGGCAGCGAGGCAGCCCUUGCAGCAGAGACACCAAAGCAGGAAAGGACUGGGAGGGAGGGGCCUUGGCUCUGGAGGACCUGGCCCCCCUUGCUUCCUGGCCUCUCUAGGAAGGCAGCUCACUUCCCUUUAACCCUUGCAAAGCCGAUUCCUCCCUCGCUCAGCCCUCUCUCAGAUUUUUAUUAUUUCUUAUGGAUUUUGGGGGGCAGCUGACCCCCUGGCUACGCCAAUGCCCAGAUAUACUUUUGGGGGUGAAACCAGAGGAAGAGCUUGCAGGGAAAAGGGCUUUGCAGGAGGCAAGGAAGCUCCUCCUAGAAUUCAGGAGUGGAGAGAUAGGAGGGGAUCCCAGGGUCAUCUAGUCCAACCCGAAGCAAGAGGGGGCCGGGUCUAGUUCCCUAAACAGGCAGCCCUGUUUAGGGAAGCUUUUAAUGUUUAAUAGGUUAUUGUACGUAUUUUAGUGUUUUAUUGGAAGCUGCCCAGAGUGGCUGGGGAAACCCAGCCAGAUGCGCAGGGUAUAAAUAAUAAAUUAUUAUUAUUAUUAUUAUUAUUAUUAUUAUUAUUAUUACAACCCCCAGCAAUGCAGGAAUCUCAGCUAAAGCAUCCAUGGCAGAUGGCCGUCCGAUCUGUGCCCAACUGCUCUUAGGUGUCCCUCAAGGCAGCGGGUCCUGAGUUCUAGCCCUGCUGAAACAAUCGCACUGGCUGCCAAGGAGGAACCCAGCGAAGUUCAAAAUAAAUAAAUCCUAUUCUCAUCAUAAAUGAGUAAUACCUUCUUAUGCACACUUAUGCACGCAACAAAAGUAUGCCAUUUCCCUUUCCAGAAAUGGAUGGUUGUUGUUAUUAUGUUUAGGCAAGCUUUUAAUAUUUGUUGGACUAUUGUAUUUUAAUAUUUUGUUGGAAGCCGCCCAGAGUGGCUGGGGAAACCCAGCCAGAUGGGCAGAGUAUAAAUGUUAUUAUUAUUAUUAUUAUUAUUAUUAUUUAUUCAAUUGAUCAGGUGAGUUUUCUCCUUUCGAAAGAGGGAGGUGGAAUCUCCACGGUUGCUAAUAGCAUAACGUUGAAAGACUAGGGAAAUAUGGGGAGCCCUAGAGCAUCUGCUUGGCAUGCAGAAUGUCCCACGGUCAACCCCUGACAUCUCCUGCAAGGGCUGGACGAAAUCCCUGCAUGAAACUCUGGGGAGCUGCCAGUCAGUGUAGGCCAGGGGUCCUCUAUCUAUGUUCCCUGGGCCAAAUCCAGCCCGCCAGGGUCGUUAAUCUGGCCUGCACGGCCCCUUCAGUACCCGCAAGGCCAGGGGGUUUUGCCCGGGGACAGGGCAGUGUUGUCGUUUGGCUUGAAGAGCGAAGUUCAGGUUAGUGGAGGAAGGCAGACUUCGGUCGAUUCGGUUUCAUUACGUAGACGUUUACUUUAAAAGUGGUAGAAGGAAGUAUAGUCCUAUUUCUGUAAGUGGCACAGGGGUCUUUCCACUCAUGUGGUUUACAUGCUCUGAGAGAUGGGAUCUGUUUUGAUAUUUAAAUUUUAAAAGGGUGGAGUGGAACCGGAGAUUGACCCUCUCGUUAGCCUGGGGCAUUGGUCAGCAACCUUUUUCAGCCGUGGGCUGGUCCACUGUCCCUCAGACCAUGUAGGGGGCCAGACAAUAAGGGGGGGGUAAGGAACAAAAUCCUAUGCCCCACAAAUAACCCAGAGACGCAUUUUAGAUAAAAGGACACAUUCUAUUCAUGUAAAAACACACUGAUUCCCGAAUUGUCCGCGGUCCGGAUUGAGAAGCCGAUUGGGCCGCAUCCGGCCCCCAGGCCUUAGCUUGCCUACCCCUGGCCUGGGGAGCCACAUUCUGGUUGAAGGAGGCCAGGACUGGCCCCCAAGGCUUGGGAUGUCCCUCCUCCCCUGCAGUAGGACUUUGAAUCCAGGAGGAAACUCUUGAAAUAGCCUUGCCAGGUGCUCAGGGACGGACUCACCUGUCCCCAUGUCCUUCUCUUUGCAGAUGUGCUGCGGUUGCACAUCCCUCCCUCAGGGGUGAGUAUUGGAGAGAACCAGAGCAGGGACUCAGACCUGCCCUCCUUGCCCCCCACUCUGCACUCUCGGAUGUGGAGAAGCCCUCCCUUCGUGAGGAACUGACAGCCUGACUUUUGUCUUUCAGCUGCUGGAGGAAGAUCAGCUGUACCUGCCGGAGGUGAUCCAGAACUGCCAGGCAGCUCAGCUCAGGGGGCUCUGAACCCUGAAGUGCUCCAAGCAGGAGACAGCCAAAGCCAUCCUGGUGAGUAGUGGGUGGUGUGGGAGACCCCCAUGGGGAAGUGGGGGAGGGAGGAGCUUUGGAGAAGGGGACGUAUCUGGGAAUUUGGAUGACGGCAAAGAAUAUAAAUCUUUUUAAUGACAAUUAUCAACCAGUCUGGAGGGAGAUUAAAAGAGAAUUAGAAAUAUGGGACAUAUUAAAGCAAUCAAUGACGGGAAGGAUGUCUGCGAUCAAAAUGAAUCUACUAACGAAAAUGUUGUUUUUGUUCCAGACAAUUCCGAUAAUAAGAGGUUUAAGACAAUUCAAAGAGUGGCAAAAAACUCUCGCGUGUUUUACAUGGCAAGGGAAAAGACCAAGAAUUAAAUUUAAAAUAUUGAUAGAUAAGAAGGAAAGAGGGGGGUUCGCAGUACCUGUUCUGAAACUCUAUUAUGAAGCGGCAUGUUUAUGUUGGACAAAGGACUGGAUAACUCAGGAGAACCUAGACUUGUUAGAUUUGGAGGGUUCAACAAUAGACUUGGAUGGCACUCUUAUCUUUGGUGUGGUAAGGCAAAAGUGCACAAGGGGUUUACAAAUCAUGUGAUAAGAGGUGCCUUAUUUGAAGUCUGGGAAAGAAACAAGAAUUUGUUGGAAAGGAAAACACCGUGGUGGCUGUCACCAAUUGAUAUAUUAACAGUUAAAAACUGAACAUACUAGGGAGAGGGACCACAUAUGAGUAAAUUUUGAUGAAGGCCGAAAAGGUUGGAAAUUAAAGCCCUAUGAGUGUACUGCUGAAAAAUUGACAGGAUGGUUGCAAUACCAUCAAGUCAAUGAUGUCUUUAAAGAGGAUAAAAAAAAUAGGAUUUGAGGAUAAAAAAUCGAAAUUUCAAAUAGAUAUUUUAGAGAGUAAAUCCAAGCUAUUAUCAAAAAUGUACAAUCUCUUACUAGAAUGGAACACAAAAGAUGAAUUUAUAAAAGAGGCUAUGAUAAAAUGGGCCAUUGAUUUAGGACAUAACAUAGAAUAUGAUGUAUGGGCCAAACUCUGGAAUGAGAGCAUAAAAUUAACUGCUUGUUCUGCCUUAAAAGAAAAUGUUAUGAAGAUGGUUUAUCGUUGGUAUCUCACUCCCACCAAAUUGGCAAAAAUAUAUAGAACAAGUAGUAAAACCUGCUGGAAGUGCAAGGAAAAAGACAGCGACUUCUAUCAUAUGUGGUGAUCUUGCAAUAAAAUAAAAGAGUUUUGGGAUGCGGUUUACAACGAGUUAAAAAAGAUGUUUAAGUACAGUUUUCCCAAAAAGCCGGAAGAAUUUUUGCUAGGUUUGGUGGGAGAAGGGAUUAAAAAGAUAGAUCAAAGAUUAUAUUUAUAUGCAACAACUGCAGCCAGAGUUCUGAUAGCUCUAAAGUGGAAAGCAACAGGAGAUGCCGACGAUAAGAGAAUGGCAGAUAAAGUUGGUUGAGUAUGCUGAGAUGGCUGAAUUGACACACAGAAUUCGCAAUCAGGAGGAGACAAAGUACCAAAAAGAAUGGAGUAAAUUUAUGGUUUAUAUAAGUGAGAAUUGUACAAAUAUGAAAACGUUGGCAGGAUUGAAAUAAAUCUCAUGUCAUGGUAUAAUUUAUAAUUAAAGAAUCUGUAAACUAUAGAAUGGAAUAGGAAAACUGCUGGAAGGGAAGGACGGAAGCUAAUGGAUCUAUGAAACACAAAGUAGGAUACAUGUAAUAAGAUGUGAUGUUUUGGUGGUGGGUGGUGGGGGUUGGUUGGUGAUUGUAAAUUUCAAUAAAAAUCAUUAAUAAAAAAAAGAAGAAGGGGUUGUCUGUCUGCCGGAGAGGAGGACUCUACUGGCCUAGGUUCACGUUUCCUGUUUGAAAGGGGAAUCAUCUUAGGGACUUCCUGUGAACAUCUGGGUCAGGAAUGCUGUUCCUGGAAUGGACAAACACACAAGACGUAACCGGCUGUGCAUUCACAUAAACAAUACUCUUCUAUAUAUUCUUAUCACAAUAUCAAAUGUUUAUCUUGCACAUAAACAACACAUAAAGUGCAAUAAUAUAGACAGAAGUCCCAAUAAAUCAGUUCGUUCAUAAAGACCAAAUGUCUGCUAAGUCCAAAUUGGGGACUACUACAGUUCCACAUUGUUGACAAGGUGUGAUGGCCUGGGAUUCAGACUUGGAUGCUGAACCUGAGGGAUCCCAGCCUGCACAGGAUUCCCCGCCUCCAGAACCAGCUGAGCCAGGGCUGGGGCAUGAGCCUGAAGGGUCCUCACCUGUGCUGGAUCCUCAGGUGCAGGCACCAGCUGAGUCUGCUCUGGCUCCUGAGGUGAUGGAGGACCCAUUGCCUGCAGGUGCUCCACUCUCAGAAAGCUGAGGUUGCCUCUGGGUCCGGUAACCCUCCAGCCACUCCUGAGCUGCAGAGGCUCAGGGUUAGAGAGGUGAGUCACCAGAGGAUCGGGGCCGCCCUAUGCCUCAGGGCAAAUAAAAGCCGGCCAGCCCCAGUUCCAAGUUGCGGAAGCAACAUUGUUGGUUGCUAGUUCCUGCCUGAGCUCCUGACCUGCCCUGGCUCCCUGCUUGCAAGCCUGUUCCUGACUUCACCCAACUCCCUGCCCUGCACCCAGCUUCAGCUACUACGGACUGCCUCCACGUUGCACCUUUGACCACGGACAGGACUUGGACCUAGCCUCUCGGGUAAAUUCAAUGGGUCCCCAGCCAGCUUUCCCAUGUUUCUUGCCCAGACCAAGCUGUAUAUUCAGGGGCGAGCCCGGAAUUUCCCCGAUGACCGCACCAAGGUGCACUUCCUGAACAGCUUGCUGAAGGACCGGGCAGCCAAGUGGGCAUUUCCGCUGCUCCGGCAAGACUCUCCCUUGUUGACAGACUAUACAGGGUUUUGCAACCAUCUGGAAACCGCGUUCGGCAACCCUCAGAAGGGUAGUCAAGGGGAGUCAAGCCAAUCAGGCGAUUUGGCAGUUGAAACAGGACAAGUCCACAGUGGCCGCCUACGCCACAGAAUUUUGGCUGUUGGCACAGGACUUGUCCUGGAAUGACUCCACCCUUCAGGACCAGUAUCUCGAGGGGCUUUCAGAUGAGAUACUGGACCAGCUGGCCAUGAUGGAUCGCCCCACCACGCUGGACACCCUCAUUCAACGGAGCCUGCAGAUAGACGAUCGGUUGGAGGACCGUCGCCAGGCUCAGGGCCGCCAGCACUCCCGGCUCCCGACUCCGGUCCUUCCCAGCAGUUCCACAGCCACAGCCAAGUCACUGGAGGAGCCAAUUCAGCUUGGGGCAGCGCGGCUUCGCCUCUCCCCCUCGGAGAAAACUCGGCGUCUGGAGGAGAACCUGUGUCUCUACUGCGGUGGGAGCGGACACUAUGCCCAAUCCUGUCCCGAGAAAAGGCCAGCCACAGGGAAAUGGCCAACCCCAGUAGCCAAUGGCCCAGGCUACCUGCUGUCCCAAACAUCGCAUGAUGGGCCCUCACCAGUGGAAUUGCAACACCUCAUAGUUCUGGUGCGUCUAUACCCCCCUGGUGGGACCUGGAUUCUCACCCAUGCUCUGGUAGUUUCAGGGGCAACCCGCUCCUAUAUGGACUCUGCCUUUGCCGCCUGUCAUCAGGUGCCACUCCAGGACAAGCCAGAACUGGUACAGGUGGAGGCAAUUGACGGACGGCUCCUGCGCUCGGGGGCCGUUACUCAGGAGACUCAGCCCUUGGUCCUGUGUCACCAGCAGCACCGGGAGGUGCACACCUUGGACAUUGCCACGAUGCCCCGGUUUCCACUGGUGCUCGGGAUGGACUGGCUGGAGUCUCACAAUGUUCAGAUCGACUGGGUCAAUCAGACUGUGCGCUUCCCAAACCCGUGCCCCCAUGCUCGGUCCAAGAUGCUAGUGGCCGCCCCCACGGGGGAAGCUGCGUCAAUGCUCCCCGCUGAUUACCAGGAGUACCAAGAAGUGCUCAAUGAACACUUGGUCUUUCAACUGCGGCAUAGACCUCCAGCCCGGGGUGCCCCUGCCUGUGAGCCGCCUAUACUCUCUUACGGAGCCAGAGCACUAAGCCUUGCAGGACGUCCUUCGCAAGAACCUGGAGGGCGGGUUCAUUCGGCCCUCUACCUCGCUCACCGCCGCUCCAGUACUCUUCGUUAUGAAGUGUGUGGAGCUUCGUCCCUGCCAUGAUUACCGGGCCCUGAAUAAGAUUACCAUCCCAGACCGGUAUCCCUUGCCCCUUAUUACGGAGUUGCUGGAACGGGUGCAAGGGGCGCAGAUAUUCACCAAGCUGGACCUUCGGGGGGCCUACAAUUUGAUUCGGAUCCGAGCCGGGGAUGACUGGAAGACAGCAUUUGGGACCCGGUAUGGGCAGUAUGAAUACCUGGUAAUGCCUUUCAGGUUGUGCAAAGCGCCUGCCCUGUUCCAACGGUACAUCAACCACGUGUUCCAGGACUUGCUAGACAAGUAUGUGGUGGUGUACCUAGAUGACAUUCUGAUUUACUCCCAAGACCCAGCUCGCCACGAGGGUCAUGUCCGGUCCAUGUUGCAGCGCUUGCGGGAGCAACGCCUGUAUGCUAAACUCAGCAAGUAAAAGUUCCACCAGCGGUCAGUGGACUUCCUCGGUCACCAACUCUCCCCCUGAUGGGGUGCAGAUGGAUCCUGGGAAGGUGGCAGCAGUCCGGGAAUGGGCAGCACCCCGGAACCACAAGGGCCUAUCAUCACCGCAAGGGGCCAUCAUCCUGAGGGGGCAAGACAACUGGUGGAAGUGAGAACCAACCACCGGAACCUGGAGUACCUCCAGACUGGGUCGACCACUUGGCAUUGGAGGAGUUCGCUUACAACAACGCGGUGAACGCCUCCACCCAGCAGACCCUGUUCCAGGCCACUUACGGUUACCAUCCGCGUUUGUUCCUGGAUGUGCUGCCAGCAUCUGUGGUCCCCACGGUGACAGAUUGGCUCCAGGAGCUCCAGUCUCAGCACCAACUAUUGAUGGAGCAACUGCACCAAGCCAAGGAUGCAUACAAGGCCCAGGCCGACCACCACCGCCAGGUGGGGCCGGAACUCCGCGUCGGCAAACCAUGGGGCUAUAUAAAUUCUAAUUGGACUCCGUUUGAAUUGGGCAAUUGUAUCCAGGCUGCAAUUAGCUUUUUGGUCCCUUAGGAACAACUGAGCAACUUCCCUAGGGUGGAAGACCAGAGCCUAUAAUAAUAAUAAUAAAUCCCAUAGAAAGGCCAAGGCAAAGACAUCUCUCUCAAGAAAUGUCCAAACCUGUGCCACUACAAGGUGACAUGGUCAAUAUGAAAGCCCAACGGGGAUUCACCAGGGAUUGUUGCUGCUGUGAUAUGAUGAAGGUGUGAGAUCACAGGAGAGCUAGCUUUGACACCUGGGAACACACAAAAAAGGCAGAAACAAAACAAACUGCAUUUUUCACUCAUUAUUUGACCUUCCCGCUAAGUGUUAAGCAUAGACCACUAUGGAGAAUGUUUCUCCCAAAGUGCUAGAAUGCCACAAGUAAUUUAGUAACAAAAUGCAACAUGUGUUAUUUUUUAUGUGAUAUCCUAUGUCCAGCUAUGUGCACUGCUACACCUGCAAAUAACCUUAAGAGGCCUAACAUGCAAGUCUCUUAAGAUUUACACGAAGGCAUCCAUUUGCAACAUACCAGGUUAUUUUUUGUGGGGCAACAGUUUUUUAGAAAAAAUUUGAAGGAAUGGGUUUCAGUGCAGUAAGUUUAAAACUGACUCACCCCCCCUUUUUUUGGUCUUUCAAAAGUGAGCACUCUAAAAUGCGUAAAACUUGAGCUGUUGAGCAAAAGCAUAACAAGGACACGGCUGCAUAAACAAGCUCUCUCCUUUAUCAGUCACGGCUAGGGAUGACUCUCUAGGGGAACAGAGAAAACACGUCAGUACUUUAUCUUAUGUGCUGACCACAAAAUACGCGCAGACCGAUGUCCAGGAAAAACGCCAGAAGCGUGUUCCCGGAGAUGGUGACCUCUGGCUCCAAGAUAGGAGUAGGAACAGGAAUACCCUUUUAUGGUCAGGAGUGCAGGAAGGAAAUCCCUUAAGAGUGCCCUUAAGAGAGCAGGAACAUCUGUGAUGUCAGCCUGCGUGUACAAGCUGACGUGGCUGGGGAAGGGGGAGAGGGUGUCUGGAGGAUAUAAAUACUGCAUGAAACUUCUUAUUUCUUUGGACUUGCUGUGGAGUCACCACGCAAGUGCCUUCUGCUAUCCGGAGAGCAGAAUAAACUCUUUCUUUGAACCAACCUCGGCGUCAUUUGACUUCCUUCCUCCUGUCCCGGAGCAACGCAGACCCAAUCAGUGAACUCCAAUAAGGCUACAAAAUUAUAUCCUCAAAGGGGGGAAUUGUUAUAAGAAUUUUUAGGUGAUAUAUAUAUAUAUAUAUAUAUAUAUAUAUAUAUAUAUAUAAUAUCUGUGUGUGUGUGUGUAUGUAUGUAACAAGCAAACACAUAUAUUAAUAUAUAAACCACAUGUCCAAAACCCACAGGAAAAGUCCUAAAGCCAUUUUGACUCUUUCACUCUUUCAGUCACCUCAAAUAUUUCUCGAGGUAAAAACAAUGCACUCAGAUUUCUGUUGUAGACUGCCUUUUCUGUGAUGUAUGUAUGAUGUUUCUGGGUGUGGUCUUGGACUCCAGGGCGGGCAAUUAAAAAUGUCUAUAUAAGGCCUUGCAUGCAUGGCUCAGCGUCCUCCUCCUCUCUCCUGCGUGUGGGGAAGAACCCUGUUGCAACAGUUAAUAAAGAAGAGGCUUACUGGCUGCUUUGCUUCUCAAUAUUCUCUGGUUGGUCUCUGUUAUUUUCUCCUACCAAUAGAGAACUACAAAAGGGCUGUAUAUGGGCCCUUGGGUACCCCAUAAGGAAAAAGGAGCAGGUUUUUUCCUUAUAUCACCUGCAAUCAUGUGUGGUGUGUUAGCAAUUCACUCCUCCCGUUGCUGGAUAUGUGGCUAGUAUGUCACAUGCCCCUGUUUACUUUCCUAGGAUUGGAAAUUGUAAGAACGGAAGUCAGUCUUAUCUCUUCCGCUCUGCUGUGCUUUUGCUCUGUUCUUUGUCUCUCUGUCUGUUGCUGAAGAAGAGAGAGGAUGCCAUUAUGAUCCGUUUGGUCUCGUCUGCAAAUGUGAUGAGCAUCCCCUCAUUUCCUUCAUCCAUGUCAUUUAUAAAGACGUUGUUCAACAACGGGCCCAGAACAGAACCCUGCAGCACCCCUCUUGUCACUUUUUCCCAGGAUGAGGAGGAAUCAUGAAGGAGUCCUCUUUGGGUUCGGUCAGUCAAAUCCACCUAACAGUUACCUCAUUCAGCCUCAUUUUACCAGCUUCCUCACAUAAAUCUCACAGAGGACUCUGUCAAAAGCCUUACUGAAAUCUAGAUGCACUAUUUCCACAGCAGGCCCCUGAUCAACAAAGUUUGUAACUCCAUCCAAAAAAAGAAAAGAAGAGAUUUCUCUGGCUUGGCUUGGCUUGUUUUUGAGAAAGCCAUGCUUUCAUCCUGUAUGUUUAUAUUGUAAAAUCUUCAGAUGAAGGGCAAAUACAUUUUAAAGAAGAAUAAAUGAGGAUAUAGACAAGCUGGAAUAUUUGCAAAGGGAGGCGAUUUAUGUAUUUAUUUAAUCUGUAAACCACCCGACCCAGUGGUGCCGACUUGAAUAAAAUAUUGGUGGAGGGUCAGGUAAGUCCCGCCUUGCACUAUCAAUCACAUGAUGCAUGCACACCAUUUGAAUGGCAAUGUCUAUAAUGGCAUAGACUUUUAAAAAAGUAAUAUUUUGCGCCUAUAGUUCAAUUUCCCAGCAGCUCCCUUGCCCCGCAGAACACUUCUAGCAUUCCAUCUCCUCUACCUGUGGCAUUGUUCAGCAGUGGGGAAAGUGACCUCUUCACACCGGAUGUCCAUUUGGUAUGGCCCUUUCCAGGUUUGUCUUUCAUUUGUUCUCCUAUGUGUGUUGCAAGUAAAGCCACAAUUCUGUGGGUACUCUAGGUGGCGCAGAAAGCACCUAGAAGCUCCCUAGAGGUUGAAGAGCCGAUCAAACUUCAGUUUUGCGCUCUAUAAAUUCCAAUUAGGAGUACUGGGGGUGGUUCAGAUUCUGGGGCAGUGCUUUUGGCCAGCAGAGGGUAUCACAAAGCCAGUCUACUUUCCCUUUAAAGCAAAUUUGGGUCUCCAGCUGUUUUUGGACUACAACUCCCAUCAUCUCUAGUUAGCAGGACCAAUGGGGAGAGACGAUGGGAACUGUAGUCCGGGAGCUGCUGGGGACCCAAGUUUGGGAAAGCCUCCUUUAAAGCAACUUUUGCGUUGGGACCUGUCCACAUUUGUAUUUUCUUGUAUUUUGUUUUCCUCAUGACCUUUGUGCAGUUUUUAAAAAAUUCUUAAAAGGGCAAAUUGAAAGCGAAAUUGUAUGGCAAGUAGCAGAAGAAUAAAAGGUUGCAUUUGAAAAAAACACAAAGAAAACCUGGGGGGUGGCCUCCUCAAAUAUUUUAUGGGGGGGGGCAAAGACCCCUAGGAAUUUAAGAGUGGCUGUAUUCCCUACACCCACACGUCUCAGAAUGCUUAGAACAUAAAAACACAACAUAAAAACAUAAAACAUCACAUGUUAAAAUAGCAUUAGAUGUCAAUAAGAAAAAGGCCUGGUUAAAAAGGUGCGGAUUUGCCUGGCUCCUAAAGCUAUAUAAUGGUUUUUCCGACCUUUGUAUGGAUUCUUUGGUGGGAAGUGAGUUUAGAGCUAACAGUGAAGCUCUUUCCACAUUCCACACACUGAUAGGGUUUCUCCCCUGUAUGAACUUUUUGAUGGAAAGUUAGAGAGAAGCUAUGAGUGAAGCUCUUUCCACAUUCCACACACUGAUAGGGCUUCUCCCCUGUAUGAACUUUUUGAUGGAAAGUUAGAGAGAAGCUAUGAGUGAAGCACUUUCCACAUUCCACACAUUGAUAGGGUUUCUCCCCUGUAUGAACUUUUUGAUGGGAAGUUAGAGAGAAGCUAUGAGUGAAGCUCUUUCCACAUUCCACACACUGAUAGGGCUUCUCCCCUGUAUGAACUUUUUGAUGGGAAGUUAGAGAGAAGCUCUGACUGAAGCUCUUUCCACAUUCCACACACUGAUAGGGUUUCUCCCCUGUAUGAAUUCUGUGAUGGGAAGUGAGAGAGGAGCUCUGACUGAAGCUCUUUCCACAUUCCACACACUGAUAGGGUUUCUCCCCUGUAUGAAUUCUUUGAUGGUAAGUGAGAUGGGAGCUAUCAGUGAAGCUCUUUCCACAUUCCACACACUGAUAGGGCUUCUCCCCUGUAUGAAUUCUUCGAUGGGAAGUGAGAGAGGAGCUACAUGUGAAGCUCUUUCCACAUACCACACACUGAUAGGGCUUCUCCCCUGUAUGAAUUCUUUGAUGGGAAGUGAGAGAGGAGCUCUGACUGAAGCUCUUUCCACAUUCCACACACUGAUAGGGCUUCUCCCCUGUAUGAAUUCUGUGAUGGGAAGUGAGAUCGGACCUCUUCCUGAAGCUCUUUCCACAUUCCACACACUGAUAGGGUUUCUCCCCUGUAUGAAUUCCUUGAUGGGAAGUGAGACUGUGGCUGCGAGUGAAGCUCUUUCCACAUUCCGCACACUGAUAGGGUUUCUCCCCUGUAUGAAUUCUUUGAUGGGAAGUGAGAUAGGCACUCUUCCUGAAGCUCUUUCCACAUUCCACACACUGAUAGGGUUUCUCCCCUGUAUGAAUUCUUUGAUGGGAAGUGAGAUUGGAGCUAUCAGUGAAGCUCUUUCCACAUUCCACACACUGAUAGGGUUUCUCCCCUGUAUGAAUUCUUUGAUGGGAAGUGAGAUAGGCACUCUUCCUGAAGCUCUUUCCACAUUCCAUACACUGAUAGGGUUUCUCCCCUGUAUGAAUUCUUUGAUGGGAAGUGAGAGUGGAGCUAUCAGUGAAGCUCUUUCCACAUUCCACACACUGAUAGGGUUUCUCCCCUGUAUGAAUUCUUUGAUGGGAAGUGAGAUAGGCACUCUUCCUGAAGCUCUUUCCACAUUCCACACACUGAUAGGGUUUCUCCCUUGUAUGAAUUCUUUGAUGCUUAGUGAGAUCGGAGCUCUGACUGAAGCUCUUUCCACAUUCCACACACUGAUAGGGUUUCCCCCCUGUAUGAAUUCUUUGAUGGGAAGUGAGACUGUGGCUGCGAGUGAAGCUCUUUCCACAUUCCACACACUGAUAGGGUUUCUCCCCUGUAUGAAUUCUUUGAUGGGAAGUGAGAUGGGAGCUAUUCCUGAAGCUCUUUCCACAUUCCACACACUGAUAGGGUUUUUCCCCUGUGUGAAUUCUUUGAUGGGAAGUGAGAUGGGCACUCUUCCUGAAGCUCUUUCCACAUUCCACACACUGAUAGGGCUUUUCCCCUGUGUGAAUUCUUUGAUGGGAAGUGAGAUCGGAGCUCUGACUGAAGCUCUUUCCACAUUCCACACACUGAUAGGGUUUCUCCCCUGUAUGAAUUCUUUGAUGGGAAGUGAGACUGUGGCUGUGAGUGAAGCUCUUUCCACAUUCCACACACUGAAAGGGUUUUUCCCCUGUGUGAAUUCUUUGAUGGGAAGUGAGAUGGGCACUCUUCCUGAAGCUCUUUCCACAUUCCACACACUGAUAGGGUUUCUCCCUUGUAUGAAUUCUUUGAUGAUAAGUGAGAUCGGAGCUCUGACUGAAGCUCUUUCCACAUUCCACACACUGAUAGGGUUUCUCCCUUGUAUGAAUUCUUUGAUGAUAAGUGAGAUCGGAGCUCUGACUGAAGCUCUUUCCACAUUCCAUACACUGAUAGAGUUUCUUUUCAAUGAGAUUUUGUUGAUGGGAAGUGGAAUGGGAGCUCUGACUGCAGCUUUCUCCACACUCCAAAUUUUUGUGUGGCUUCUCCUCUCUGGGGAAUUUUUCGUUGUCACCUUUGCUCUCAAUUUCCAAUUCAUCACAAUCUGCAAUGGAGACAAAAAGGGAUUAGAGCCUUGGGAACAAAUGGAAAAGAACUGAAGGGAGUUGGGUAUGUGUUCAUUACCUGUGUUUUUUGUCAUUAACCAACAUAUUUAUUAUGAGAUUCUGAUGAGUUGUUGAAUGUUGCUUUGUUUGAUAUACAGUAGUGGUCAAAAUUGUGGAAGACUUUUGGAAAAAAGUGUACCGUAUUUUUCGCCCCAUAGGACGCACCGGCCCAUAGGACGCACCAAGUUUUUUGGGGGGGGAAUAAAGAAAAUAAUUUUUAUUUCCCCCCAGGCACUUGCGGGGCAGGCGGCGGGGAGAAGCGCUCUUCUCCCUGCCGCCCGCCUUGAGAUCAGGUCCGGGGACAGCGGGGAGACGCGCUGCGCCUCCCACCUGUCCCCGGAGCUUGCGGGGCAGGCAGCGGGGAGAAGCGCUCUUCUCCCCGCUGCCCGCCUUGAGAUCAGGUCUGGGGACAGCAGGAAGACGCGCUGCGCCUCCCAGCUGUCCCCGGAGCUUGCGGGGCAGGCAGCAGGGAGAAGCACUCUUCUCCCCGCCGCCCGCCUUGAGAUCAGGUCUGGGGACAGCUGGAAGACGCGCUGCGCCUCCCAGCUGUCCCCGAGCUGCGGGGCAGGCAGCGGGGAGAAGCGCUCUUCUCCCCGCCGCCCGCCUGCAGACCAGGUCCGGGGACAGCGGGAAGACGCGCUGCACCUCCCAGCUGUCCCCAGAGCUUGCGGGGCUGGCGGCGCGGAGAAGCACGCGUCUCCCCGCUGUCAGCCUCCAAACCACAUCGGGAGACAGCGGGAUGGCGGCGUUCCGCCUCCCCGCUGUCCCCCGACCUUGUGGGGCUAGCGCUGCGGCUCUCCUGAAGCCUCUCGCCUUCCAGGCUUCAGCGAAAGCCUGCAUUCGCCCCAUAGGACGCACACACAUUUCCCCUUCAUUUUUGGAGGGGAAAAAGUGCGUCCUAUAGGGCGAAAAAUACGGUAUUUCAGAGGUUUGCUGGCUCAUAACACCACUUCAUUUGGAGUAAUGUCAUAAAAUUAUAUAUCAGUGGAAAGAUAAUUCGAUCAAGAAUGCAAUCGAGAUUGCAAUCCAACAAAGUUUGUUCAAUUACCCGUAUUCUAUCAAAAGUAUAGCCAAAUAACCAGAAAAGAAAGCACAACUUGCUUAGGUUGACUUUUGUCAGUGUGUUAUGUGAUUGCUAUCAAGUUGGUUGGUUUUGUGUGUUCUUUCAUUUAGUGAAGGUGUAAAACAUAGUAAAAUUAUAGAAAUGGCACAAAGAGUUGACUGGUCCCCAGAAAGUGAGUAAGAGUGUACUAUUAAGUGAAGAAGGCUACAGUUAUGGAGAAAUUAGAAGAGAGAUUGGGGGAAACUUAACCAAAGUUGGCCUUUCUAUAUUUUUGAAGAGGUAUAAGGAGACUCAGUCACUACAAAAUCAGACUUGUUAAAGCAGGGAAUGUGUACAAAGGCAAGUGACGAUGGACGAGUGGAGAGACUGUGCGUACAUGACAGAAGAAAAUCAUCUGGGUGUAUACAAGAUGACAUGGCACAAUGUAAUGGGAAGUUGAGUGCAAGGACUGGUCUAAAUGUUAGAAUUCUAAGGAAAAAGCCUUUGUUAUCUCUCAAGCAAAGGUUGAAAAGAUUAAACCCAUGUUAACUAGACAGCGGAACAAUGGGACACUACCUUACUUGACAGGUUGUCUCAAGAUAUGGCAAAGAGAAAUUUCCAAAUUCCUGUGGGAAGGGAAGAAACCUAGGAUUAAACACCUGAUCUUAAUAGACUUAAAAGAGAGAGGAGGCUUUUCCCUACCCGACCUAAAACUUUACUACGAGGCAGCCUGUUUCACCUGGCUAAAAGGAUUGGUGCACAUUGCAGGAUCGGGACCUCCUGGACCUGGAAGGUUUUGACAAUCGUUGGGGAUGGCACGCCUACCUGAUAUAUGGAAAAGCGAAAAUUCAUAAAAUUUUUACCAACCAUAUAAUAAGAAAGUCACUCUUUGCUGUAUGGGAAAAAUAUAAAGACCUGAUGGAGCCUAAAGCCCCGUGGUAGACUUCUCCAAUAGAAGCCAUAGCAGUAAAACGGAAAAAUACUCAGGAAAGCUGGCCAACAUAUAAAAUACUUCUAAAAAAUGAAGAUAACCAAAUAAAAUUAAAAACUUUGAGGAAAUAAGAGAACACAUUUCAGACUGGUUCCAAUAUCAUCAGUUAUUUGAAAAAUUUAAAUCUGACAAACAAAAGGGGUUCUCAACAGAAAUAUCCCGAUUCGAAUCUGAUCUUGUAAAUUCUAAAAGAAAAACUCUUUCCAAAACUUAUCGACUCCUCCUUGACUGGACAGUCAAGGAGGAGGAGGUAACAGUGGCAAUGGUGAGGUGGUCCCAGGAUUUUGGCCAUUCAAUAACCAUGGCCCAAUGGGAAAAUUUAUGGAAGAUCAAUUGGAAAUUCACAAACUGUUACACGUUUAGAGAGUACUUUCAAAAAAUGCAACAUCGAUGGUAUCUAACACCAUGGAAACUUUCAAAAAUGUAUAAAAAUGUGUCAAGUAAUUGUUGGAGAUGCGGAGACUCAGGAACAUUCUACCAUAUGUGGUGGAUAUGUAGGAAAAUACAGGUAUUCUGGGAGAGUAUACAUGCAGAACUGCAAAAAUGCUAAAGAUCUCUUUCAAUAAAAAACCAGAGGCCUACCUCCUGGGAAUAACAGAUUUGGAUAUUCCACAAAAGAGGAAGGGUAUCUUUUUAUAUGCGACAGCGGCAGCAAGAGUUUUGAUCACAGCAAAAUGGAAGAGUAAUGAAAUCCCCUCUAUACAAGAUUGGAUCCAAAAGCUGACAGAAUAUGCCGAAUUAGAUGGUUUAUCAGAAAAAAUAAAGAAUAAAUCAAAACAGGAAUUUGUUUCAAAAUGGGAGGUUUUCAAAGAAUAUCUGAAAAAUAAAUAUAGUAGUUUAAAUUCUGUCGCAGCAUUUGAGGAACUUCAGUAAUAGUUGCAAGGUAGAUAUAAGAAAUUAGAUUUAUUAACAAUAAGUUUAAUUAUGAUAAAAGUGUGUAUUGGCAAUAAGUAAUAUGAAUUUGAAAUAUGGAAUAGACGGGAGGUUGGGUCUUUAGUGUUAAGACCAAUAGAUGUUUUAUUGUUUGCUAAGAAAAUUAGGUGACUAUGGUUAUUUUUGUAAUUUGUGUGUAAUUUGGUAUUUGUGUUUUUUUCUUUUUCUUGUUGUAUAAAUAAAAACUUUAUUUUUUUAAAAAAAGGACACUACCUUGCUUGGUAGUGAUGGCAUGAAAUACGCGAGUUUUUUUAAUCGGAGAAGAGGAGAAGAAUCAGAGAAGAUUUACAUCCUACUUGCAUUACACCGACUGUGAAACACCCAGACAGUGUGAUGAUCUGGGGUUGUAUGGCAGCAAAAGGUGUGGGCAGAAUUUGCGUCAUUAAUGGGAAUAUAAAUGCGGGAAAAUGCAUAAAGGAAAUACGUGAGCCCAAACUGAAGUGUUCCGCAGGUGAUCUUUUCCCAGAUACCGAAGCAUUUAUAUAUUUUCAGCAGGAUUCAGCUCUAUGUCAUGUUGCUGCUGUGUGCAAAAGGUACAUUCAAGAUAAUGAUAUUUCACUGCUGGAAUGGCCUGGGAAUAAUAAUAAUAAUAAUAAUAAUUUUUAUUUAUAUCCCGCCCUCCCCAGCCGAAGCCAGGCUCAGGGCAGCUAACAACAAUAAAACAGUACAACAGUACAACACAACACUCUAAAAUCAUUCAUUAUAAAAUUAAUUCAAAUCAAACCAAUGGCAACCAUUGGGCCAGAGCUCCGCGAAGAUUGCCGAAGGAGGAGUCAGGCUGCGCCCUGGCCAAAGGCCUGGUGGAACAGCUCUGUCUUGCAGGCCCUGCGGAAAGAUGUCAAGUCCUGCAGGGCCCUAGUCUCUUGUGACAGAGUGUUCCACCAGAUCUAAGCCACAGCCGAAAAGCCCUGGCUCUAGUUGAAGCCAGCCUAACCUCUCUGUGGCCUGGGACCUUCAAGAUGUUUUUAUUUGAAGACCGUAAGUUUCUUUGUGGGACAUACCAGGAGAGGCGGUCCCGUAGGUACGAGGGUCCUAGGCCGUAUAGGGCUUUAAAGGUUAAAACCAGCACCUUAAACCUGAUCCUGUACUCCACCGGGAGCCAGUGCAGCUGGUAUAGCACCGGGUGAAUGUGAUCUCGCAGCGAAGACCCCGUAAGGAGUCUCGCUGCAGCAUUCUGCACCCGCUGGAGUUUCUGGGUCAGUCUCAAGGGCAGCCCCACGUAGAGCGAGUUACAAUAAUCCAGUCUGGAGGUGACCGUCGCAUGGAUCACAGUGGCUAGGUCAGGGCGAGAGAGGUAAGGAGCCAACUGCUUAGCUUGGCAAAGAUGGAAAAAUGCCGCCUUUGUUAUAGCUGCAAUCUGCGCCUCCAUAGAAAGGGAGGUGUCGAAGAUUAUACCCAAACUCUUAAUGGACGGUGCUGGCACUAAUUGCGCCCCCGCAAGAGAUGGGAGUUGCCCCCCCAAUCCCAUAUCGUCCCGUCCCAGCCACAGGACCUCUGUCUUCAAAGGAUUUAGCGUCAACUGGCUCCCACGUAACCAUCCAGCCACAGCUUCCAAACACCUGGUCAGUGUGUCUGGGGCCGAGUCAGAAUGGCCAUCCAUCAACAGAUAGAGUUGGGUGUCAUCGGCAUACUGAUGGCAACCUGAAUAGCCCACACUUUAGUCCAUACUGAAUAGCCCACACUUUAACCCAAUCAGAAAUCUUUGGAGCCGACUAAAGAAACUUGUUAUUCAGAAGCAACCCAGCAAUAAAGCCCAAUUAACAGAGACAAUAAUUCAGUCUUGGUUUGGCAUUAUUACAGCUUCAGAACUAAAAACUUGGUUCACUUCAUGGGAAGGCGUUGUAAGGCCGUACUUAAAGCUAAAGGUUACCAAUGGUUACCAAAGGUUUCACAUUUUUUCUUUAUGACUGCUGUUCUAAUAAAUACUCCUUCAUAAAAUUCAUUGCAUUACAUUCUUCAUUAAAUUAUCUUUCCAUUGCUAUAUAAUUUUAUGGUAUUACUCCACACAAAAGUGGUGUUAUGAGCCAUCAAACCUCAGAAAUACACUUUUCACAAAAGGUUUCCACAAUUUUGGCCACUAGUAGAAGUUGUUCAUUUUAAAGUUAAAGUUCUUUAUAUAUGGGAUCAGAUUAUUAUUAUUUAUGUUUCAUUUUUAUAUGUGUGUUGGAAGCCGCCCAGAGUGGCUGGGGGAAUGCAGCCAAAUGGGCAGGGUAUAAACAAAAAUUAUUAUUAUUACUACAGUGAUACCUUGAUUUAAGAACAGUCCUGUUCCGGAAAGUUUGUAAACCGAGGUACCACUGUAUCAUCAUCAUCAUCAUCACCACUGCUACUUCUACCUGAAAUUCAAUAAGCCUUGCUCUUCUCUGGGAUGAAUUUUGUUUGGCCCAGUCAUGGCAUCCCCUCCAUCUCCAAUGUCAGUCGUCUCUUUGGUCAACCCAAGACUGACAGGAGCAAAAACAGAAAACCUGAAGCUACUUAUCUUUCCUAACAAUUCUGAAGCUGACAUUGAAGAUGGCCUGGGCAGUUUAGACCAGCCCAAUCGUGGUAGAAAAAGGAAUAAUCUGAGGAAGAUUGUCAAAGAGAAACUGUAAUUUACUGUUCAUUGUGGGGGUGUUAGGUUCCCAGGUGUUAUAGGGACCACUAUUGAGCUCUGUGAAAAUAUGUGAGGCUGGUCUAUAGACGUCUUUUUUGAAAUUCCAGGCAGAUAGGACUAUCCCACAGGGAGCCUUACCAAGAGAGGCCACGAUCCCACGAUUCUCCUCCAUGACAUCCUUAUGCAGAGCUCUCUGGUCAGGAUCCAGCAACGCCCACUCCUCGUCUGUGAAACCAACAGCGACAUCUUCAAAGCACACUGGACCCUAAAAAAAAAGGAAAUGUCCUCCUCUGAGACAGCAGAAAUAUGAUCUGCUCCACAAUGCUCUGUUGUUUCCUUCCUGUAAAUUCCGUUGUUUCAAUAGGAUUGUUUUGCAGCACAUUUUAAUUAUGGGUGCUUAUUUUAUUCUGCGUUUUAAUUAUGGGUAUUUGUCUUCGUGCAAAUAGGUGUUACUCCGCCUUGUGUUUUCCAAGUCAUUCUGCCUACGCAAGCAUUCCAGUUUGCCUGAUGGAAGGAUCCACUUUCUCCUCUCCUAGUGAGCUGUUCCAGGAAGGUUCCCUCCCAAUGCCCUAGAGCCAAAUUCAAGGGGUUCAGGGCGGCGUGGAGAGGGGGAGGAAUGGGGGGCAGGCCCCAUUUUUCAUCCGAUAGGGCUGGUUAGGUGAAUCUAGGCCACUAUUUGUUCUUGUUUGUCAACUGCUUAGAAAACAAUUUUAGCAUUCAGUGAUCAAUAGACAAUUAAAAUAAGCCUAUUUUCAUCUCCUGGCUCUGAGAGACAAGCAGGGAGGGUGGCUUCUGGCAAAAGGAGAGGGAACCACCGGUGGCUCCUCCUUCUCCUGACUCACCUCUGCCUCUCGACCUUCCUCUCCCACUUGCCUCCUUCCUCUUCUGCCUCUGAUUCUGCACUGCUUUCUGCCACAGAGCCUCCCAGCUCACUAAGCCCUGUUUCCCCUUCAGCUUCUGACACCUCCUCUUCCCAGGCUUCUCCCUCUUCUCCCUCUGACCGCUCAUCCUUCCUCCACCUCCACUCCUUCGGCUCUCAGCCAUCUUCCCUUCCUGGUUCCCCGGCUGCUUCCUCCCACCAUUCCUCUGUGCCCAACCAGUCCAUGAUAUUGCUCCAUCCCUCGGCCUCUGUCCCCACAAGAUAGCUUCCCCUGACCUGAUCUGGUUCCACAGCCGCUGCUUCCUUUCUGCCCCCAUGAAAAGGUGGAUCAGGAGGUUUUGCUGGCAUUAUUCUGUCACCUGCAAGAGGAAAAAGGUAAGGGGGAGGCCCAGAGUGCCUGCUUCUCUCACAGGUGAAACAGGGCAUCUCUAACUACAGAUGGGCCUUUGAGAAGGACUUACCUACUGAGAGUAUUUGGACGUUUGUGCCCAUUUCAUAAGUUAGUUGUGCAGAAAUACAUCUCCCCUCCUCUGGAUCCUUCUUCCCAACUAUCUCCCCCCAAAACAAGAUGAAAGGAAUCCUCAGAUGAGUUGGAAAACCAACAGAAUGGGACCAAAUGGGGAAAAACCACCUUCCUCCUUACCCAGUGGCCUCUCUCUGGUGUCCAACGGAGGCCUCUCUGCCUCACAGGAAUCCAGGUCCAUUUCUGCAAAGAGAUCCUUUCCCUGAGAAAGAAACAAGGAUUCAAAACAGAGAAUGGGGAGAAAUACUAGAAAGAGAAUAACAAAGACUUGAAGGGUACGAGAUCUCAUUCCAUGGAUGCCUUCCCAGAAAAAGGAUGGGCCAUCAGCAGACCAUUAUGGGAUGUUCUCUGUCCUGUUUGGAACCCCUUGGGAGUAUCCAGAGGAAAGUCUCUCUCACCUGUUUACUCUGUUCCUGCUUCUCUUCUCUGCCUGACUCAGGAGGAAACCUUCGGCCAAGGCCACCGCCUGGGAACUGGUCUCCGCUCCACAGUCCCUCACCCAGCUCUCCAUCUCCGGUGGAAGAACAGCCAGGAACUGCUCCAAGAUCACCAGGUCCAGCAUCUCAGCUUUCGUGUGCCUUUCUGGCUUCAGCCACUGAUGGUCAAGGUGGUGGAGUCGGCUGCAAACCUCUCGGGGUCCUUUGGCCUCCUGGCAGCAGAACUGCCUCAACUGCUGGCUCUGCACCUCUGAGCGGAGGGUGUCCACCUCACCAUGGAUCUUCUGCACAGAGUUUUCCCAGAAUCCCCCACUGCUCCCAGUUUGGCUGGCAUGGCCUCUUCCUGCUUCCGGGGCCAGCUGAGUCUUGCUCAUCCAUCUGUGCUCUCAGGAAGCCUCUGAGAGAUCGGAAGGAACCCUUUGGUCUUCUGCCAAGUUCUGCCCGUCUAAAUGAGAAGCUCUAGCAAAUCCUACAAAGCAAAUACAUUGUUCUGUUACAGAAUUUGUAGGACAGGGGGGGAAAUGGUUCCCUGAGCAAGCAUGGAUGAGUCUUGCUGGGAACCAGGGCUGAAGUGCGCCGCAUCCCAGACCAUGAGAUAUCUUUUUGAAAAGAAAGAGGAGGAGGAAGAGGAGAAGAAAUAAGUCUCUAGCCUUCAAGCAAUGCAGAAUGUGGAGGCAACGGAAGGGAUUUCUGUCAGAUUAAUCAUCCUGGUUUCUCCAUCCUUCCAGUCAAUGCAUGAAGUCAGAACCGAAUGACAAGGGAGUCAUUUGUAUCUUGUGAUAAAUGGAUGCUUUUCUCUAGUGGGGGUCCUGACCUGGGGGUCCUCUGGAGUUGCUCCCCCCACCCCCACCCUCACCCCACCUCCACUCCCUGCUUCUGUCUCCUUUUCUGCAAUCUCUGCCGCUGUCCAGACAGAUUCAUGGGGUGAGAUCUCUUUUUCUCUCUUCUGAGGGCCAGGAAUGUAUCUGGCCAACCCCCUGAGGGCCAACUGGGCGGUGCCAAAGACAUCUCCCUUGAUUUUUUUAUUAUUCUAUUAGAUAGCUUAACACAAACUGGUUUGCAAUGCAGCAGCCAGACUAUGGGCUGGGAUCCCUCUCUUUAUUCCUGGCCUCUCUUUCCUACUUUUCCUUCCUUCCUCCCCGUGGUGGGGGGCUAGUGUCCACCUCCUCCUCCAGCUUUGGAAAACCAUUUGCACAUGUUUCCUCUGUUGUGCAACGAGGCUGAGCGAUGUCACACAGAAUUCAAGUCCCAGGGACUCCUUUGUUUUAAAAAGGGAGAUUUCGUGGGAGUCAGGGAUCCUCUGAUCUGCAGGAAGGAGAGCGUGGCAGACCUGGCCCCUCCCGGGCACGACCCUCUCCUCCCUGACUUGGGGUCCCCUGCAGGGCAGAUCCGGCCCCCCAGGCCUCCUCCCCUGCUGCAGCCCUGGGACCCCCACCAGAUCCCAGAGAGAGAGGAGACUCACCAGAUCCCAGGAGGGGGCAGCGAGGCAGCCCUUGCAGGAGAGACACCCAAGCAGGAAAGGACUGGGGAGGGAGGGGCCUUGGCUCUGGAGGACCUGCCCCCCCUUGCUUCCUGUCCUCUCUAGGAAGGCAGCUCACUUCCCUUUAACCCUUGCCAAGCCGAGUCCACUCGGCUCAGCCGUCUCUCGCUUGGCAGAACCUCAGAUUCUUAUUAUUUUUUUAUGCAUUUAGGGGGGCAGCUGCCCCCCCUGGCUGCGCCAAUGCCCAGAUAUCCUUUUGGGGGUGAGGCUCUUGGCUGGACUCUGAGCAUCUCCCUCCCUUGGCCAGAAACCAGAGGAAGAGCUUGCAGGGAAAAGGGCUUUGCAGGAGGCAAGGAAGCACCUCCUAGAAUUCCGGAGUGGAGAGAUAGGAGGGGAUCCCAGGGUCAUCUAGUCCAACCCCAGCAAUGCAGGAAUCUCAGCUAAAGGAUGCAUGGCAGAUGGCCGUCCAAUCACUGCUCAGAAACCUCCAAGGAAGGAGAGUCCACCACCUCGUAAGGGAGACCUUUCCCUGCCCAACUGCUCUUAGAUGUCCCUCAAGGCAGCGGGUCCUGAGUUCUAGCCCUGCUGAAACCAUUGCACUGGCUGCCAAGGAGGAACCGAGCAAAGUUCAAAAUAAAUAAAUCCUAUUCUCAAAAUAAAUGAGUAAUACUUUCUUAUGCACACUUAUGCACGCUACAAAAGUAUGCCAUUUCCCUUUCCAGAAAUGCUUAAUUGCUAAUUGAAUGGAAUGAAAAUGGAUGGUUAUUGUUAUUAUGUUUAGGGAAGCUUUGAAUAUUUGAUGGACUAUUUUAUUUUAAUAUUUUGUUGGAAGCCGCCCAGAGUGGCUGGGGAACCCAGCCAGAUGGGUGGGGUAUAAAUCAUUAUUACCAAUUAUUAUUAUUAUUAUUAAUCAGGUGAGUGUUCUCCUUUCGAAAGUGGCAGGUGGAAUCUCCAUGGUUGCUAAUAGCAUAACGUUGAAAGUGCAGGGAAAUAUGGGGAGCCCUAGAGUAUCUGCUUGGCAUGCAGAAUGUCCCAGGGUCAGCCCCUGACAUCUCCUGCCAGGGCUGGACAAAAUCCCUGCCUGAAACUCUGGGGAGCUGCUGCCAGUCAGUGUAGGCCAGGGGUCCUCAUACUAUGUCCCGCGGGCCGAAUCCAGCCCUCCAGGGUCGUGAAUCUGGCCUGCACGACCAUUUCAGAACCCGCCAAGUGUUCGAGGAUGAAAGCAUCUCGCCACCCGCUCAGUCAGUCCCUGCGCCGUGCUGAGGUAUAACACCGGUCUAGAAAGACCUACAUUGGCUCCCACUACGUUUCCGAGCACAAUUCAAAGUGUUGGUGUUGACCUUUAAAGCCCUAAACGGCCUCGGCCCAGUAUACCCAAAAGAGCGUCUCCACCCCCAUUGUGGUCCAGCUCCAAGGGCCUUUAGGUGGUUCCCUCAUUGCAAGAAGCAAAGCUACAGGGAACCAGGCAGAGAGCCUUCUCGGUAGUGGCCCCCGCCCUGUGGAACGCCCUCCCAUCAGAUGUCAAAGCGAUAAACAACUACCUGACAUUCAGAAGACAUCUUAAGGCAGCCCUGUUAAGGGAAGUUUUUAAUGUGUGACAUUUUUGUGUAUUUUUGGUUGCUGUGGAAGCCGCUUAGAGUGGCUGGGGAAACCCAGCCAGAUGGGCGGGGUACAAAUAAAUUAUUAUUAUUAUUAUUAUUAUUAUUAUUAUUAGUUGUUGUUGUUGUUGUUGUUGUUGUUGUUGUUGUUGUUUAGUCGUUUAGUUGUGUCCGACUCUUCGUGACCCCAUGGACCAGAGCACGCCAGGCACUCCUGUCUUCCACUGCCUCCCGCAGUUUGGUCAGACUCAUGUUUGUAGCUUCGAGAACAUUGUCCAACCAUCUUGUCCUCUGUCGUCCCCUUCUUCUUGUGCCCUCCAUCUUUCCCAACAUCAGGGUCUUUUCCAGGGAGUCUUCUCUUCUCAUGAGGUGGCCAAAGUAUUGGAGCCUCAGCUUCACGAUCUGUCCUUCCAGUGAGCACUCAGGGCUGAUCUCCUUCAGAAUGGAUCGGUUGGAUCUUCUUGCAGUCCAUGGGACUCUCAAGAGUCUCCUCCAGCACCAUAAUUCAAAAGCAUUAAUUCUUCGGCGAUCAGCCUUCUUUAUGGUCCAGCUCUCACUUCCAUACAUCACUACUGGGAAAACCAUGGCUUUAACUAUACGGACCUUUGUUGGCAAGGUGAGGUCUCUGCUUUUUAAGACGCUGUCUAGGUUUGCCAUCGCCUUUCUCCCAAGGAGCAGGCGUCUUUUAAUUUCGUGACUGCUGUCACGAAAUUUAUUAUUAUUAUUAUUAGGUAAACGCCACCAGUGGGGUGGCGGUUCUAGAAUCAUAGAAUCAUAGAGUUGGAAGAGACCACAAGGGCCAUCGAGUCCAACCCCCUGCCAAGCAGGAAACACCAUCAGAGCACUCCUGACAUAUGGUUAUCAAGCCUCUGCUUAAAGACCUCCAAAGAAGGAGACUCCACCACACUCCUUGGCAGCAAAUUCCACUGUCAAACAGCUCUUACUGUCAGGAAGUUCUUCCUAAUGUUUAGGUGGAAUUUUCUUUCUUGCAGUUUGGAUCCAUUGCUCCGUGUCCGCUUCUCUGGAGCAGCAGAAAACAACUUUUCUCCCUCCUCUAUGUGACAUCCUUUUAUAUAUUUGAACAUGGCUAUCAUAUCACCCCUUAACCUCCUCUUCUCCAGGCUAAACAUGCCUAGCUCCCUUAGCCGUUCCUCAUAAGGCAUCGUUUCCAGGCCUUUGACCAUUUUGGUUGCCCUCCUCUGGACACGUUCCAGUUUGUCAGUGUCCUUCUUGAACUGUGGUGCCCAGAACUGGACACAGUACUCCAGGUGAGGUCUGACCAGAGCAGAAUACAGUGGCACUAUUACUUCCCUUGAUCUAGAUGCUAUACUCCUAUUGAUGCAGCCCAGAAUUGCAUUGGCUUUUUAGCUGCCGCGUCACACUGUUGGCUCAUGUCAAGUUUGUGGUCAACCAAGACUCCUAGAUCCUUUUCACAUGUACUGCUCUCAAGCCAGGUGUCCCCCAUCUUGUAUUUGUGCCUCUCAUUUUUUUUGCCCAAGUGCAAUACUUUACAUUUCUCCCUUUUAAAGUUCAUCUUGUUUGUUUUGGCCCAGUUCUCUAAUCUGUCAAGGUCGUUUUGAAGUGUGAUCCUGUCCUCUGGGGUGUUAGCCACCCCUCCCAAUUUGGUGUCAUCUGCAAAUUUGAUGAGGAUGCCUGUCAGGGAACUGCCAUCGGAAGGAAGGGAGGUGAAAGGGCUCACACAGGUUGGGGGAGACUCAGCAGCUGAAGAGGGAACCAGUAGGGGGAGAGGAGCUGAGCUGAGGGAAAGUGAGCUGGAGGGAUGGCUCAGAGACACUUCCCGCGAAAACAGUGGGGAGGGUUCAGGACCUCCUGUAGGAACACCCACUCCUCGCCGGAAACUGUCACGCAGAGAGUCCAGAAGACGUGUUUCCGUUAAGGAGCUUUUAUGUUGGAAGCGAUUCCGAAGCAACCACUGUCGGAAUCUGCUAGUGACUAGAGGAGCCAUGUCUGAGGGGCUCCGUCACAGACAGAGGUUUGUGGACUUGAACAAACUCUGAGGGGAUACGAUUUUACGCACAAGCAGCUCAUCAUCCCAUCACAAUGCCCUUGAGUCCAUCAUCCAAGUCGUUGAUAAAGAUGUUGAAUAAGACCGGGCCCAAGACAGAACCCUGUGGCACCCCACUAGUCACUCUUCUCCAGGAUGAAGAGGAACCAUUGAUGAGCACCCUUUGGGUUCGGUCAGUCAGCCAGUUACAAAUCCACUGAGUGGUAGCAUAGUCAAGAAGGCAUUUUACCAGCUUCUUUACAAGAAUAUCAUGGGGCAUCUUGUCAAAUGCCUUGCUGAAAUCAAGGUAGGCUACAUCCACUGCGUUCCCUUCAUCUACCAGGCUUGUAAUUCUGUCAAAAAACGAGAUCAGGUUAGUCUGACAUGACUUAUUUUUCAGAAAUCCAUGCUGACUAUUGGUGAUCACAGCAUUCCUUUCUAGGUGCUCACAGACUGUUUGCUUAAUGAUCUGCUCCAGAAUCUUCCCUGGGAUUGAUGUCAGACUGACUGGGCGGUAAUUAUUUGGGUCCUCUCUUUCCCCCUUUUUGAAAAUAGGGACAACAUUUGCCCUCCUCCAGUCUGCCGGGACUUCGCCUGUUCUCCAGGAAUUCUCAUAGAUGACUGCCAGUGGUUCUGAGAUCACAUCUGCCAGUUCUUUUAAUACUCUUGGAUGCAGUUCAUCUGGCCCUGGAGACUUGAAUACAUCUAAACUAGCCAAGUAUUCUUGUACUAUCUCCUUAGUUAUUCUGGGCUGUGUUUCCUCUGCUGAAUCAUUUGCUCCAAAUUCUUCAGGCGGGCAUUGUUUUCUUUAUCGGAGAAGACUGAGGCAAAGUAGGCAUUGAGGAGUUCAGCCCUUUCUGUGUCCCCUGUUUGCAUUUCACCAUCUUCUCCUCUGAGUGACCCCACUGUUUCUUUGUUCUUCCUUUUGCUACGAACAUACCCAUAAAAGCCUUUUUUGUUGCUUUUAACCUCUCUAGCAAGCCUGAGUUCAUUCUGUGCUUUAGCUUUUCUGACUUUGUGUCUACACGUGCUGGCUAUUUGUUUGAAUUCCUCUUUGGUGGUUUCCCCCUUUUCCAUUUUUGUACACAUCCUUUUUGAAUCUGAACUCAGUUAAACGUUCUUUAGAUAGCCACCCUGGCUUCUUUAGGCACCUUCCAUGUUUCCGUCUCAUUGGUAUUGCCUGAAGUUGUGCUUUUACUAUCUCCCUCUUAACAAACUCCCAGCCAUCAUGAACUCCCUUUCCUUUUAGUAUUACUGUCCAUGGGAUCUCACCCAGCACUUCCCUAAGUUUUAUGAAGUCAGCUUUCUUAAAGUCAAGAAAUUGAGUCCUAGUAUGCUUGGUUGCUCCUUUCCGCUGUAUAGUAAACUUCAGAAGAGCAUGAUCACUUGCGCCUAAUGAUCCUUCCACUUCUACCCCACUAACCAGGUCAUCAACAUUGGUUAGGACCAGAUUUAAAAUGGCUGUUCCUCUUGUUGCUUCUCCCACUUUCUGGACAAUGAAGUUGUCUGCAAGGCCAGUGAGGAAUCUGUUUGACCUUAUGCUCUUGGCUGAAUUUGACAUCCAACAAAUAUCCGGGUAAUUGAAGUCCCCCAUUACUACUAUCUCCCUUCCUUUUGCAUGCUUGGCCAUCUGUUCCAGGAAGGCAUCCUCUAUGUCCUCCGUUUGGCUUGGGGAUCUAUAGUAAACUCCCACAAUGAGGUCACUGUUAUUCUUCUCUCCCUUAAUUUUGACCCAAAUGCUCUCACUUUGGCUUUGAGGUUCUAAAUCUUGGAUCUCUUCACAGGUAUACACAUCCCUGACAUAUAACGCCACUCCUCCUCCUUUCUUGUCUGGUCUGUUUCUCUGAAAUAGAUUGUAUCCCUCCAUUAUUACAUUCCAAUCGUGGGACUUAUCCCACCAGGUUUCAGUGAUGCCUAUUAUGUCAUAUUUAGUUUGCUGUACCAAGAGCUCAAGCUCAUCUUGUUUAUUUCCCAUGCUUUGCGCAUUAGUGUACAGACAUUGAAGUCCAUUAAUCAUUCCCCCGUGUCUCUUAUUUAAGGAUUUUUUCCUCCCACCACUAGGUCUGCGUGCUGUUUGCUCCAUUUGGUCUAUGACAUUUGGAUGAUCAUCUUCAUCAAUUGAUAGACUCCUACCUUCAGGAGCACUGUCUCCCUCCCCCACAUUAGUCAGUUUAAAGCCCUCCUGAUGAGGUUUCUGAGAUUUUUGGCAAAAACAUUUCUCCCAACCGUUGUGAGGUGCAGCCCAUCGCUUGCCAGAAGUCCAUCUUCAAGAAACUGCAGUCCGUGAUCUAAGAAUCCAAACCGUUCCUGUUUACACCAUUUGCGAAGCCAGCUGUUCACUUCCACUAUUUUCCCGUCUCUCCCUGGGCUACGUCGUUCAACUGGGAGGACAGAUGAGAUGACAAUUUGUGCAUUUAAUUGCUUCAAUUUCCUGCCCAGAGCCUCGUAGUCUCUUUUGAUCUUCUGGAGGCUAUUGCUUGCAGUGUCAUUGGUUCCCACAUGAACCAAGAGGAAGGGGUAUUUGACAGUGGGUUUUAUGAUUCCUUGCAGUCGUUCAGUUACAUCUUGGAUCUUAGCCCCGGUGAGACAGCACACUUCCCGAGACAUCUUGUCAGGCCCACAGAUCACUGCUUCUGUUCCCCUCAGUAGGGAAUCCCUAUCACCACUACACGCCUCCUCUUAGGUUUGGUCGGGGUUCUUCCGUGAGCUGUCCGUUCCAAGGUCGCCUGCACAUUCCCUGAGGACUGACUUUGCUGCUCGUCUUCAUAUACCUGAUCGACUGUAAUGAGGAGAGAUCCUCAAAUGGAGUCUGCUCUUUGUCUUCCAUGCUAGGGAGAGGACCUCAAAGCGAUUGUGUAUUUCUAAACAAUCAGAGCGAACCCUGGGCCUCCUACUUCUUUGAGUCACGUUUCUCCAUAUAUCUGGCUCCUGUGUUGGUGAACUAGCCUCCUUCUCAGGGGAGUCCCCUGUCUCCUCCUUGGUGGAGACGGUGUGCUCUGUUGCUUCCAAAAAGAGCUCCAGCUCUCUAAUUCUUUGGAGCGUAGCUACACGUUCCUCCAGUUGCUGGACUUUGUCUUCUAAGAGGGCAAUCAACAUGCAAUUGCUGCAGGUAAAGCUGCCUGCAACCUUUGCCAAGAUGGCAAACAUUGCGCAGGAACCGCAGGCGACUGCAGCUGUUCCCUCCCCCUCCAUCUUGAGAACGUGUCGUUGGGGGUGGCUACAGCGGUCCUCCAUCAUAAAAAGCGUGAAGACAGGACAAAUAACUCCCCCCCCCCACACAAAAACCUAGGUCUCCCCCAACAAACGUUUGAGACUAGCUCCCCUAAAUCUAAAAGAUGGAUCAAACUGCCACUGCUCUGCAAACUCUGAUAAACUCCUCCCACAGCUAAUCACCUGCCUCAACAGAAACCCUGCCCCCUCUGACCUUUGCACAGGGAGAACAGCUAAUCAGCCACAAAGAAACACACACACACACACAAAAACCCUUUUUGCUCCUUCUUCAACUGCUACCCUGCAAGCUCUGAUAAGCUCCUCCCACAGCUAAUCACCUGCCUCAACAGAAACCCUGCCCCCUCUGACCUUUGCACAAUGAAAGGCCAGGGGUUUUGCCCGGGGAUGGGGAAGGGUUGUCUUUUGGCUUGAAGCGUGAAGUUGAGUUCGGAGUUAACCACACAGCUAACCAAUUAUUUUAGGAAGGCAAGUCCAAUACCAACUGCCCAAACUUUGGCGCGCAAAAAGCCCUAGAAGCCAACCGUAAUUGCUAAAUUGGAAUUCACGGCACCUAGCACUUUAACUCAAUUGAUUUAAAUUAACUUACCCUGGGUCACACCAGUUAAAUUCACAACUUGACUGUAGGAAACCUUAGCUUUAAAUUAACUCCCUUUGCAUGAGAACCAAUUAAAGUAAGGAAUUGACCGCAGAAAAACCUAACCCUCAGCAACAAAAAAAUCAAUUAAAUCCCUCCUGAUCACGACUAAAUUCCUAGCACUUUUGUAACUCCACAGAGAAAGAGCCCUUAUAACAACCCCCCUGAGCAGCCGUGUGGCAAGCAAGCACCCCCCCACUGGGACAGCAGUUGAACCAAAAAAUUGCGCUUGCCAGAACCUAAUUAAGUCAAGUGCCCUAUGCUGAAACUCCGCCCUUGUCCUUAUGUUCUUAUAAUUAAAGCGCAAUGAGAAAUUGAAGCCGAUAAGCUAGGGGUGGAGUCUAUUAGCCUCUUCCAAGAUGGUGCCGAUAAUCCCCGUAGCCGAGGAGCCACGUGGUUUGCCUACAAUGGCGACGCUGAGGAGCCACGUGGUUUACUCAGAAUGGCGACGCUGCGUCGUGCCACCCCGGCAAGCGAAAAAUUAAUAUAACAGCUCUAAUCGGUCAGCGGUAGCCCUAACGCGCCGCUGCCCCUUUUUUCCUCCGUUCGGCUUCUCGUGAGGGAAUUUAGCCCCAAAGCCCGAAGAACGCUGCGCAAGACAAACCUGAGGCGGGGAAUUGCCACACUUAAAAUGGCCGCCUUGAUCAACCCCCUAACACACACGUGGGGCACCCACGUGGGCCUACAGCGAGCGACGCUGUGCCGUGUAACCUAGGCAACCGGGAGAGGGAAUUCCCUCAAUAACCGAAGAACACCCGUACGCGCCGCUUAAUAAAAAUUAAACCAGUUUACAAGAAAGGGGGACAGUCCCGCAGCCCGUUAAACAAUUAACCCAAUCGGGCCGCCCGAAACAAAUCCAGCCCCCGAGCAGUGCUCCCCAAUACGUUACCACCUCAGACGGAGGGUGCUUAGCCGCCCAGGAAGCGGCAGGCAGGCGCCCGGGGAAGGUAAGGUGAUGCCGAGAUAAAGCACCUCGAGCGCCGUUUCCACACCGAUGUCGUUGCACGCUCUGAAUACGCUUCCGCCAGCGGCAACAGGGAAAAAGCAGCGAAAACAACCCUAAAAAUCAAAACCUCCCAGCGAUUUCAGCUCUGAACACGGAAAAAAAAAAUAUCUGGCAAGAGCCUGGUCGCCAUGAGGCCAGGAGCCCGUUGGCUGGUGGCCACGAUCUGCUGGUCGGAGCCGAAAAAGAGAGCUCGCGGAGGCAAAAAGAGAGCUCGCUAGCGAUCCGAAGGAGAUCCAAAUGAAAGUGACCCGAAGCAACCCAAGCCCAGCCAGAACCCUGCGCAUGAUUUCAGCUCUUUCAAAGGCGUCCGGCAGCGGCUUCUUGGGGUGGGGUGUCCCUCCCCUGUAGUAGGACUUGGAAUCCAGGAGAAAACUCUUGGAAUAGCCUUGCCAGGUGCUCAGGGAGGGACUCACCUGUCCCCAUGUCCUUCCCUUUGGAGAUGUGCUGCAAACUGUGUUGGAAUGUGACAUCAAGCUUUAUUUACAGCGGAAAAUAACAAAGAAACAUGGUGUAGUGAAGUUAGUACAUUUCAAGAAGCUGUUCCUUGGUCAAGCAAGAAUAAGGCCUUGUGGGCAAUCAGCAAGCCACAAGAAUUAUGGGAAUUAGGUCGUGUUGCUUUAAGCCACAGACCAGCAGGCUCCAAGGGUGUGAAAGGUUUAUUAUGGGAAAGGAAUUCUCUGGGUAAUGUGAAGGCUUGACACCUGUGAUGGAAGUUAUGCACAUUCAAGCGGUGAUGUUAUCUAUCUUUUAAUUGCCCAAAGGAGGUGCAUCUGCAUAAGCUCCACGGAAGGGAGGAAACACCUUUGAUCUAGGCUCUGGAGCCUUAAUUGGCCCAGCUGUCACAAGUUAAAAUUAUUAGCCCACAAGCUGGUCAUUGGAGAAUUUGAAUGUAGCCAAGGAUUGUGAUUGGACCUGGGGGUUCUGGUUCCCCGUGCAAAUUGGGAAUAAAAGAUCUUGAGAAUGGCUGGAAAGGCGCCCUCUGCAAUCCGCAAAUCCGCCCGGCUGCUGCUAACGUUCCACCUGGCAGCCGUCCUUUGUUCUUUUGUGAUGAAGAUUUUCUAAGACCUCUGAAUGCGGAUCACUGAAGGACUCUGAACUAUCCUAUCUUUGUCUUAGUGUGUAGAAGUGAGUAUUAGUUAUAUUCUGCAACGUUAUUAUUUUUUCUUGCUUGUAAUUCUACAAAAGAUGUGCCUGCUUUUUAGCAUGUUUCUUUAUGCUUUUUAAAAUAAAUUUUAAGAAAGAACCUUUCUCUUGUAUUGUGUGCCUGUCCGUGGUUGUUGUUGUUUAGUUGUUUAAAUCCCCUUCAUGGAUCACUGCCUUGCCGUGGCGAAGGGGCUUGAAUAACUCAGAGAAGCUAUGAGCUAUGCCGUGCAGGGCCACCCAAGAUGGACAGGUCAUAGUGGAGAGUUUUGACCAAACGUGAUCCACCUGGAGGAGGAACCGGCAAGCCACUCCAGUAUCCCUGCCAAGAAAACUCCAUGGACAAAGACAACAGGCAUAUAAAAGUGCCUGUCCGAGGGAAUAGCAAAUUCCAACACCUAAACUUCUUGGUUGCGCUCUACCUAAGAAUUUCUGCCUGCAAGCUUGUGGAAGCAACUUGUGGAUUGGGGUUAACCGGUCACAAAGGAGCACAGCCGUCUCCCUUGGGCUGUGGCUUCAGGUAACCCUGGGAUGAGGGAGUGGUGGCAGCCUUACCAGUUCUGUUUUGUCCUGAUUCUGAAAAAGUAAAGGGUCUGCUCGCCCUGCUCCUGACACCUGGUCUGGCCGGAGAGCAAAGACAGGUGAGGGAGGGGCAAAUGGUUGGGGACCCGUUUACCACACAUGGCGUGAGCUGUCUUCCACAGCCGUCUCCUCCUUGGUCAGAGUAAAAGAGAACAAAGGAUGGAAGUGAUUUACAGACUGACUUCCAUUCUUACACAGACAGUACAGAAGGUGUAAACUGUUGGUUUCUGAUUUCCCUCACUGAGCAGCAACUGCAGUCACAAGACAUUGUUUUACAUUCCACAGUCUGUACUGUUGGAGUUUCUCACGGGAAAGGGAGACUGGAUGUGACGUACACUGGUUUCCUGUUUUUUUCACUGUGUGAUUCUCUCCAAGCUGUGGAGGAGAGAGGAUGCAUUUUUCUGCUCUUGCAGAGGCAAGAUGUCUUUCUGUAAUAUACCAGCUUUGAACUGUAAAUAAAGCAAUAUAGAGUAUGUAACACAUUUUCCUCAUCCUUCCGCUGGGCACGAGGCUCUGCUUUAAAUCAACACGUGGUUAUGGACUCCAGAGGUCGAAUCGGAGUGCCGGCAAAGGAUCGGAAUGCAGAGGAACAGAUCGGAACGGAAUCUGCUCUGCGCGUAGAAGUGAUUGAUGAGGUAUGUGCUACUGCUCCGGGCAGCCUGCCAGCUUCAAGUUAAUGGCUUUAUGGCUGGACUUUGAACUUUUAAAGCCGGUUUUGCCGGGAAUAGGCAAAAGGCUCCCAGGCACAAGUCACUAUGCUGGGAAAUCGAAGUAACUUUUAAGUGCGCCUUUGUAAUCAGGCAGCUGCAGCAGUGACGCAGCAAGAUUUAAAGCAGCAUAUGACGCUGAAGGCUAAUGCCAGAGUCAUGAUGGCCCUUCAGGAUGCUUGUGGGAUUCCUAAGCUCAACAAGAAAAAUUACAGCGACUGGGUUCAGUAUGCAGAGGCAAUUCUGCGGAAAGAGGGUUUGUUUGAGGUGAUUACAGGAACCCCCCCAGUUCCGGUUACAGAUGCAUGGGAGGCUAAGGAUUCCAAAGCAAGGGGAACUCUUACAUUGAUAGUAUCCCCAGAAGAGCUCUGUCUAUUGCGUGAUAAGACCUCAGCCAGAGAAAUUUGGGACGCUCUGAGAGAGGCUCACUUAAGGACAGAAGCUGGAUCCACUAUGUUUUAUUUUAACAAGCUGCAUAAUAUGGCUCUUGCUGAAGGUGGAGAUGUGCGUUUACAUCUGAUGCAGAUGCAAAAUCUGAGACAUGAGCUGCAACAGAGAGGACUCAACUUUCCAGAGGCUGUGUAUUCUUUCAUGAUACUACAAUCUUUGGGUUCAGGUUGGGAGUCUGUUGCAACCCAGAUUGCUGUGCAACCAACUGCUCAGCUGACAGUGGACUUUGUUACUGCCGUGAUUUUAAAUGAAGCAGAUCGCCGGGGUGCUGGCUGCAUGGGCAAGGGGGAGUCUUCACAGACGUCAUCCCAUAGUGCAGUGGAACCACCUGAUGGCGCCAAAGCUUUGAAGGCAGUCAAAUGCUACUCGUGUGGACGUCUAGGCCAUAUGAAGAGGGAAUGCAGACAUCCCAGGGCCAAGACAGAGCAGCGCAGCGAAGCUCAUCGCGCGGAAAAGGCCGAGGCAAAGGCAAAGGUCCGGUGUCUAGGACAACGCAGCACAAGGCUAUGGUUUCACGCUUCACUCCAAAGGUUGCAGAGGUCCAGAAGACGUCUAGAUCUUUCUUCGUUGUUGAUUCAGCGGCCACCCACCACAUGUGCAACGAUAAGAAACUGUUUGUGUCUUUUACACCGCAGGAAGGUGCGAUUCACCAGGCGGAUGACCACACUAUUCCCAGUAAAGGCUACGGAACUGUUGUUCUUCACAGUUUGGACUUAUCGAUACAGAAUGUGCUUUACGUGCCAGACGCCAAACAUAAUCUGCUCAGCGUUGGACAGCUGAAUGAGCGGAACAUUGACGUUUCCUUCAAGAACAAGAAGUGCAUCAUCACAAAGAAAAAUGAUUAUGUAUUGCAUGCAGAAUAUGUUGAUCAUUUGUUUGUUUUGUAUUAUGAUGAUGUGGUGCAGGAUGACACUUGUUGCAUUGCAGGUUCUAACAAAAGUUUGCAUGCAGAAUGUAUUCACGAUUUUCAUCGAAAAUUUGGUCAUUUGCAUUUUGAGGCAGUAUCUAAAAUGCCUGCCUUGGUUGAAGGUAUGACUAUUAAACCCUGCAGGUACCACAUGAAGUGCAAAGCAUGCGCAGCAAACAAGGUGAAAAUGGCUGCGAAAGGUAAGGUGUCUAGUAGGAAAGCUACAGAACCAUACCAGGUUGUUCAUGCUGAUUUGGUUGGACCACUACCGCCCUCUUUGGGUGGAAAUAGAUACUUCAUGGUUCUCAUUGAUGCAUUUUCUAGAUAUAUUUUUGUGUACAAUCUCAAGCAGAAAUCGGAGGCUUUUCCUAGGUUCAAGGAAUUCUGUGCUUGGUUGGAAAAUGUGCAUGGUAAGAAGAUAAAGACUCUUUUCAGUGAUCGCGGGGGAAUUCACUUCUCAGCAGUUUGAAGCUUUUCUGACUGAGAAAGGAAUUCAACACGAUUUGUCUAGUCCUCGCUCGCCAUGGCAGAAUGGACUUGCGGAACAGGCAAAUCAGACAUUGCUUCAAGGGUUAAAGACCUUGCUGCAUGAUGCCAAUCUUCCAGAGAGUUAUUGGGCCGAAUCUCUCUCGUGUUUUGUUUACAGUUACAAUCGCAGGUUAUCUUCAGCGAUCGGUUGUACCCCCUAUGAGAUGAUGUUUGGCAGAAGCCAUACAUCAAACACAUGAAGAUUUUGGUUCUGACAUGUGGGUUCGCUCACCACAAAACUCCAAGUUAGACAAGCGUGGAUUGCAUGGUAUCUUUCUAGGUUAUCAGAAAGGGUCUUACAGAAUAAUGAUGACUGACUCUAAGACAAUUAAGCUCACGAGAAGUGUUGAGUACAAUGCAAAGUGGGGGAGAAUGUGGGAAUUUUCCAAUGUUAUCCUGAUGACGGUGAUGAGACUGAGGAUAGUCAAAGCAACCACAACAACCCACACCCACUGAUGAAGGUUCUGAGUCUGAAUCUGAAACUGAAUCGGGUGAUUCAGAGGAUUUCGAGAGUGCGAAAGCCUCUAUGCGACCCUCUGAAAGCUCUGAUCAAGAAUUGGAGGAACCAUUGUUCACAAUAGGUCGUUUUUCUCCUAAGAAGGAAAAGGAGAGUGUUGAAGACUUAAGGCUAAUUCGUAGGUCACAGAGAGCCACAAAAGGCAAACCUCCAAAGAGAUUUGCUGAUGAGUUUGCUAAGAUAGCAGUAACAGCUGUUAAAAGCUCCAAGAAGGUAUUUGAACCUUCAAGUUUCCAAGAAAUCCAGGGUUUGGAUUCAAAGGAAGCUGAGCCAUGGUUAAAUGCCAUGAAGGCUGAGCUUGAUUCCUUAGAAAGGAACAAAACAUGGGAGCUAGUUCCAGUAGUUCCAGGAAUGAAACUGCUUGGAAGCAAAUGGGUCUUCAAAGCGAAGACAGAUCAAAAUGGCAAGAUAGUCAGACACAAAGCCAGAUUGGUAGCCAGAGGUUUUGCACAGGUACCAGGUGAAGACUAUCACGAGACCUAUUCACCCACAGUGAGAUAUGAAAGCAUUAGGCUUAUGCUCAAGCUAGCUGCAGAGGAAAAUCUACACAUUAGUCACCAUGAUAUUAAUACAGCUUUUCUGUACGGAUCUCUAGAUGAAUCACUUUAUAUGCUUCCACCUGAUGGCGUACAGGUAAAACAGGGAUUUGUUUGUGCUCUGAAGAAAUCCCUUUAUGGUCUCAAACAAAGUGCACGGUGUUGGCACACAAAACUCACUGAAGUAUUGUUUUCUCUAGGUUUUCAGCAAGGGAAAGCUGAUCCAUGUGUAUUUGUCAAAGAGGAGGGGCAAAAGAAACUGUACUGUUUGUUUUAUGUUGAUGAUUUAUUAUUCUUUUGGAAAGAUGUUGCAAUGUACAAUAGCGCCCUAGCUCAACUGAAAGAGCACUUUGACAUGAAAGAUCUUGGUGAGGUAAACAACUACCUAUCUCUGGAAAUAGAGAGAGAUCAAGAUGGUAACAUUCUAGUACACCAGUCACGGAAAAUUGCUGAUGUGUUAAGCAAACUAAAUCUGAUGGAUGCUAACCCUGUAGACACACCGAUGACAACAGGUUAUCAGGUAGAUGACACUGAAGAAGCAUUUUCUGACACUACACUGUACAGGAGUGUGCUAGGCAAGCUAAACUUCAUUGCCAGAUGUUCAAGACCAGACAUUGCUGUUAGCUGUAAUUUGCUAAGCAGACAAGUCAACAAUCCUAGUGUCAAGGAUUGGAAAGCUCUGAAACGCAUAGCGCGGUAUUUGAAAGGCACUAUGCAUUACAGACUGAGAUUUAACAAUCAGAAGUCUGGUGGUCUUGAGAUAUUUGCAGAUGCAAGUUUUGGAAGUGACACUACAGACAGGAAAAGUACGUCUGGAGUUUGCUACAUGUACAAUCAGAGUCUGUUUGAUUGGUCAUGCAAGAAGCAAACAACAGUUAGCUUAAGUACUUGUGAAGCCGAACUGAAUGCACUGUCUUAUUCACUUAAGGAUUGUGAAUGGUUAGUACAAUUGUGCAAAGAUAUGAAAAUUCCUGUCAAAUGUCCAAUCCAGGUUUACCAGGACAACAAAGCAUGUUUGGCUUUGCUCAAGUCUGAAGGUUGUAAGCAAAGCACAAAGCACUUACAAUUAAAGUUGCAGCAUGCUAGGGAAUGUAUUCAGAAGGGACUCGUAACGGUGUCCUAUAUGCCAGGUAAUGAAAUUCCUGCUGAUGUAUUGUCCAAGAUUGUAUCAAGGGAUCAACACUGUACCUAUGUGCAGAAGUUGGGUUUGUACUGAUAUUGUACGAACACGCUGCCCAGUGAUGUUCACAGAAAGGGGGGGAUGUUGGUUUCUGAUUUCCCUCACUGAGCAGCAACUGCAGUCACAAGACAUUGUUUUACAUUCCACAGUCUGUACUGUUGGAGUUUCUCACGGGAAAGGGAGACUGGAUGUGACGUACACUGGUUUCCUGUUUUUUUCACAGUGUGUUUCUCUCCAAGCUGUUGAGGAGAGAGGAUGCAUUUUCUGCUCUUGCAGAGGCAAGAUGUCUUUCUGUAAUAUACCAGCUUUGAACUGUAAAUAAAGCAAUAUAGAGUAUGUAACACAUUUUCCUCAUCCUUCCGCUGGGCACGAGGCUCUGCUUUAAAUCAACAUGGAUAUCAUGUUACACUAGCAAUGGGAGAAUGAAAUACUGACAGUUUGGCCCCCAAUUUGGUCCAAGACCAAAGCUGGCAUCCCUCAUGGUCCAGGAGUGCCAGGGACUCCGUGGUGGGGGCAGUGGGGGCCGCUUUGGCCCAGAUUGGCCCCUGACUCCGAGACGCUCUUUCCUCCCACAGGACCUCCAAUGUUACGCCUUUGGGAAAGUGGGGAGGAACAGAAACUAGCAGCCAACAGCAUCUCUUCUCUGCUGGCCUUUGCCCGAAGGUCCCCCCCAUCUCAGAGCAAGUAGCUUUCCCCCAUGGAUUCAGUCCUUUCAUCACUUCCAUCUCCCCAAGAGACUCCCAAGGCUACUCAUCCUCUGCAGCUGAUAACAGACUGAAAAGAACGGCUUCCUCUUCUGGUGACACCAGAGAAUUCUAGAAGACAUUCACCCUUUCCAUAGCAUUAUGGAUGCACGAUUCCCACAGACAAGUUUCUUGGCAAGACAAGGGCCUUCGCUGGCCAUAGAGUGUCCUCCUCAGCAUCCCCAACGAAGGAGCUGGGUUGCGAGAGCUGCAGCUAAUGGGGGGGGCUGUCCUCCCCCCUCCCAUCUCACCUGGCUGCUAGGUAGGAAAGCAAGACCCAGAGAGAGUUGUGGGAAACCCCAAAACCAGCUUGCUCUGUGCCGGAGCCAAAGCUGCCACUGAUAGAGAAGCAAGAUCUGUUUGGGUGUUGAUGCUGUGAGCCCCUCCGUCCUACACUCCGGUUGUGUAUGCGAGUAAAUAAAACUGUAUCAUAAAGACGCCCCAGUCUCUGCUGAUUUUCGUUCCAAGGAAACUGAAUCUGGAGAAGCGCCUGGGACCCCUGGAAUCUCACCGCUCAGACUGGGGUAGUUUGCAAAUACACACACACACACAAUAAUUUGUGCCUGUGCUCCUAAUAGAUAACUAAGUGUGAAGAGCAUGUCAUGUGCUUUAGCAACAGCCCUCCUGUAAAUAAGGAAAUGCAACCCCCAUUGCUGGUUGACUCAAAAAAGCAACAAGGGAAUCUGCUCUGGUGUCCCAUGAGGUCUGUGCGGCCCUUAAGUAAGAGGAGCCAUUGCCUUUCUUUCUUUAAAAAUAUAACUUACUUAAAGAAAUUUUAACAUAAUCAAACAUUCAAAUUACAUUUUACAAUUUUAAUUAACACCCCGCCCCCAUGCGACUUCCCCCAACUUCCCUUCCUGGUUUAGAACACCUCUGUUUCUUUUGCUUAUAAUUUUGUAUUCCUUAUAUAUUAAAAUGAAGGUUAUAACAUUUGUCUCUUCCUUCUCAUUUUUACCUCAUAAUUGAAUUUUCUGUUUGUAUUUGUCCACUGUAAUUGUAUUACUCAAAUCCUGCCAGUGAGUUCAUUUCUAUGCAUUGUUUCUCUAUAUACAUCUUGAAAGGUUCCCAAUCUUUUAAAAAGUCAGUAUUGUCCUUAUCUUUAAGUCUCUCAGCUUCGCCAUUUCAGCGUAUUCCACCAACUUUUCUUUUUUAAAAAAAAUAAAAUUAUUUAUUCCAAAUUUAAAAUUACAAAAAAGAGAAAGAAAAACCAUACAAAAUACAAAGAAAACUUUAACCAUAACAAAGCGAAAAAUAAAAAGAUAAAAAUGAAGAGUGAACAAUAAAAUAGAAUAAAAAAGAAGGCUUAACAAAAAAUAUAAAAAUACAUUAAGUUAAAAUAAAACAAAAACAGAUUUAACCUUUACAUAGCCUUUUCCCUUUACUUAUUUCCAUGACCUCCUCUCACCUCCCAAUUUUGUAUUCUAGUUCAGAUCGUAUUUCCAGCAAAUCCUUCUAACCUUAUUUUCAUUUACGUAUUUUAAAAUUUAAAUGUGAUUAAACCUCCUCUGUUUCAUCAAUUUCAUCAACUCAUUUUUACUUAAUCCUUUACUUUUCUUGCCAGUGUUCUUUUGCUGGUAUUUCAUCGCCUUUCCAUCUUUGAGCUAAUAAAAACGCUUCUGGUCUUUUAACAAAGGUUAUCUUAAACAUUUUUUUCAUUUCAUUAUAGAUCAUCUUCCAAUAGGUGGAGCCAGGUGGGGGGGUUGUCAUGGUGACAAGGACGGGGGGGGGGGAGCCACAGACUUGCAGGCGACCAUUUUGGGUUAGUAGUGAGGUGAGUGGAGGAAAGAGCAGUUGGUGGCAGUUGACGGAGGACAAGGUGAGGCAAUCAGUGGAUUCUUAUUUUCUCAGUUUCUUAUUUCAUUUAUUACUUGUUUUUCUCUUCUUGAAGAUGUGCCACAGGCUUUCUUCAUCCAGCAAUGGUGAGUAUUGGAGGAAACAAGAGUAGGGAGAGGAUCCCUCAGACCUGCUCCCCGCUGCCAGGACUCUCACUUGUGAGGAACUGGCAGCCUGACUUUGCUGGAGCCGGAGCAAGAUCUCUUGCUCCAGGUGAUGCAGAGCUGCCAGGCAGCUGCCCUGAGAGGCCUCCACGCCCUUCAGGUGUCCAAGCACUGGACAGCAGAGGCCGUUCUGGGGAGGGACCCCCAUGGGGAGGUGGGGGAGGGAGGGGCUUUGGGGAAGGGGUUGUCCGUCUGCCGGAGAGAAGGACCCUCCUGGCUUACGUUCACGUAUCCUGUUUGAACGGGGAAUCAUCUGAGGGACUUCCUGUGAAAAUCUGGGUCAGGAAUGCGGUUCCUACAAUGGAGGCAUGUGCAACAUUGAUAUACUAUGGAACUGUAGUAGGCUCCAAUUUGGACUUUAUGAACAUAUGUGGAACAGAAACUAGCAGACACUUGGUCUUUAUGAAUGAACUGAUUUAUUGGGACUUCCGUCUAUAUUAUUGCACUUUAUGUGUUGUUUAUGUGCAAGAUAAACAUUUGAUGUUGUGAUAAGAAUAUAUAGAAGAGUAUUGUUUAUGUGAAUGAACAGCCGGUUACGUCUUGUGUGUUUGUCCAUUCCAGGAACAGCAUUCCUGACCCAGAUGUUCACAGGAAGUCCCUAAGAUGAUUCCCUAAGAAUAUAUAGAAGAGUAUUGUUUAUGUGAAUCCACAGCCGGUUACGUCUUGUGUUUGUCGAAUGUAUUUCAUGUAAUAACAAGAUGCUGUUUUGCAAAUUCCUAGAAUGGAGGCAUGUGCAACAGGUCAAUCGCGAUCUACUGGUCGAAUCCACAACUCUGGUCAAUGCUCCCUGAGAAAAGCUCAACAACUCUGGCCAAAGACAAUGGGUAGAUGACUGGCAGGUUUUUUAUUACUGGGAGUAGAUCUCAGCAUCUUGGAAGUUGGACGUCCCUGCUAUAAUGCAUAGGUAAAGGUAAAGGGACCCCUGACCAUUAGGUCCAGUCCUGGACGACUCUGGGGUUGCGGCACUCAUCUCGCUUUAUUGGCCGAGGGAGCCUGCGUACAGCUUCCGGGUCAUGUUGCCAGCAUGACUAAGCUGCUUCUGGCGAAUCAGAGCAGCGCACGGAAACGGAAGGCGAAGGGGUAGAUUUAAGAGACCAAAUUUCCAAGGGCAUAAAACCUUUUCAGUCAGUUUAAAAUCCACUUUCCCAGUUUGAUGUCCUAAGACAUAUAUCUCAUUCAGCCCACAUUUUACCAGCUUCCUCACAUAAAUCUCACAGAGGACUCUGUCAAAAGCCUUACUGAAAUCGAGGUGCACUAUUUCCACAGCAGUUCCCUGAUCAACAAAGUUUGUAACUCCAUCCAAAAAAAAGAAAAGAAGAAAAGGAGAGAUUUCUCUGGCUUGACUUGUUUGUGAGAAAGCCAUGCUUUCAUCCUGCAUGUUGUAAAAUCUUCAGAUGAAGGGCAAAUAAAUUUAAAAAAGAAUAAAUGAGGAUAUUGACAUGUGCAAAGCAAGGUGAUUUAUGUCUUCAUUUAAUUUGGAAACCACCCGACCCAGUGGUGCCAACUUGAAUAAAAUAUUGGUGGAGGGCCAGGUAAGGCCUGCCUUGCACUAUCAAUCACAUGAUGCAUGCACACCAUUUGAAUGGCAAUGCCUAUAAUGGCAGCACCUUUUUAAAAAAGUAGUAUUUUGAGCCCGUAGUUCAAUUUCCCAGCAGCUCCCCUUGCCCCGGAGAACACUUCUAGCAUUCCAUCUCCUCUACCUGUGGCAUUGUUCAGCAGUGGGGAAAGCGACCUCUUCACAACGGAUUUCCAUUUGGUAUGGCCCUUUCCAGAUUUUUCCCUGCCCCUUGUGUUUGUCUUUCAUUUGUUUUCUCAUAUGUGUGUUGCCAGUAGAAGCCACAAUUCUGUGGGUACUCUAGGUGGUGCAGAAAGCACCUAGAACCUCCCUAGAGGUUGAAGUGCCGAUCAAACUUCAGUCUUGUGCUCUAUUAAUUCCAAUUGGCAGUACUGGGGGUGGUUCAGAUUCUGGGGCAGUGCUUUUGGCCAGCAGAGGGUGUCACAAGGCCAGCCUACUUUCCCUUUAAAGCAAACUUGGGUGUCCAGCUGGUUUUGGACUACAACUCCCAUCAUCCCUCGCUAGAACCAAUGGGGAGGGAUGAUGGAAACUGUAGUCCGGGAGCUGCUGGGGACCCAAGUUUGGGAAAGCCUGCUUCAAAGCAACUUUUCCAUCUUGCCCGCAAAGAUGGGACCUGUCCAUGUUUGUAUCUUCUUGUAUUUUGUUUUCCUCAUGACCUUUGUGCGUUUAUUUUUUAAGAGGGCAAAUUGAAAGAGAAAUUGUAUGGCAAGUUGCAGAAGAAUAAAAGGUUGUGUUUGAAAAAAACACACCAAAAACUGGGGGGUGGCAUCCUUAAAUAUUUUAUUGGGGGUGGGGCAAAGACCCCUAGGCCUUUAAGAGUUGGCGCCUAUUCCCUACACCCACAGGUCUCAGGAUGGUUCCAACAUAAAAAAACAAGAAACAAAAAAACAACCACAUAUUAAAAGGGCAUUAGAUGUCAAUCAGCCAAAAGCCUGGUUAAAAAGGUGCAUCUGCCUGGUUCCUAAAGCUGUAUAAUGGUUUUUCCGGCCAUUGUAUGGAUUCUUUGAUGGGAAGUAAGAUUGGCACUCUGACUGAAGCUCUUUCCACAUUCCACACACUGAUAGGGUUUCUCCCCUGUAUGAAUUCUUUUAUGGGAAAUGAGAGAGGAACUAUCUGUGAAGCUCUUUCCACAUUCCACACACUGAUAGGGUUUCUCCCUGUAUGAAUUCUUUGAUGGGAAGUGAGAUGGGAGCUCUGACUGAAGCUCUUUCCACAUUCCAAACACUGAUACGGUUUCUCCCUGUAUGGAUUCUUUGAUGGGAAGUGAGAUUGGAGCUCUUCCUGAAGCUCUUUCCACAUUCAACGCCCUGAUAGGCUUUCUCCCCUGUCUGAAUUCUGUGAUGGGAAGUGAGAGAAGAGCUACAUGUGAAGCUCUUUCCACAUUCCACACACUGAUAGGGUUUCUCCCCUGUAUGAAUUCUUUGAUGGGAAGUGAGAGAGGAGCUAUUUCUGAAGCUCUUUCCACAUUCCACGCACCGAUAGGGUUUUUCCCCUGUAUGAAUUCUUUGAUGGGAAGUAAGGGAGGAGCUCUUCCUGAAGUUCUUUCCACAUUCCACGCACUGAUAGGGUUUCUUCCCUGUAUGAAUUGUUUGAUGGAAAGUGAGACUGUGGCUGUGAGUGAAGUUCUUUCCACAUUCCACGCACUGAUAGGGUUUCUCCCCUGUAUGAAUUCUUUGAUGGGAAGUGAGAUUGGAGCUCUGACUGAAGCUCUUUCCACAUUCCACACACUGAUAGGGUUUCUCCCCUGUAUGAAUUCUUUGAUGGGAAGUGAGAGAGGAGCUACAUGUGAAGGUCUUUCCACAUUCCACACACUGAUAGGGUUUCUCCCGUGUAUGAAUUCUCUGAUGCUUAGUGAGAUUGGAACUCUUCCUGAAGUUCUUUCCACAUUCCGCGCACUGAUAGGGUUUCUCCCCUGUAUGAAUUGUUUGAUGGAAAGUGAGACUGUGGCUGUGACUGAAGCUCUUUCCACAUUCCACACACUGAUAGGGUUUCUCCCCUGUAUGAAUUCUUUGAUGGAAAGUGAGAGAGGAGCUCUGACUGAAGCUCUUUCCACAUUCCACACACUGAUAGGGUUUCUCCCCUGCAUGAAUUCUUUUAUGGGAAAUGAGAGAGGAACUAUCUGUGAAGCACUUUCCACAUUCCACACACUGAUAGGGUUUCUCCCUGUAUGAAUUCUUUGAUGGGAAGUGAGAUGGGAGCUCUGACGGAAGCUCUUUCCACAUUCCAAACACUGAUACGGUUUCUCCCCUGUAUGGAUUCUCUGAUGCUUAGUGAGAUUGGAACUCUUCCUGAAGUUCUUUCCACAUUCCAGCGCACUGAUAGGGUUUCUCCCCUGUAUGAAUUGUUUGAUGGAAAGUGAGACUGUGGCUGUGAGUGAAGC